UGUAUGUAUACCUUUCCUGUAAAAUUGGUUAAUAGGACCUUUUUUGACAAUAUUUUGCCAAUCACUAUGAUAAUAUAUUUAUUAUAUUCACUAUUGCACUUUCUAGAAUAUACUUCUAGUCACUGCACCUUUCCACUUUAUUUAUUGCCUAUGGAGCUAUAGCACUUUAAUACUUUAAUCAUUUAAUACUUCAAUUAUUGAAAUACUACUUUGAAAGUGAUAAAUUUCUUGUUGUUCAGUAAUAGCUAUUAAGCAUUAAAUAUUAAGUAGAUACACUCAGUUGUCAUAGUUAGUUAUCUAUGAACCUGAUAUGUACUAUUGACUUUUUAAUUGUAUUUUAUCACAUUGUUUCUUUAUAGUGCACCACUGAGGAUGUGCGGACUACCCGGUACCCUUCUACUGCACCGGCACGAGCAUAUUAUUUAUUUGUCACUAAGGUAAUCCGUUUACUCUGUGCGCAUGCGCUUUGGAUGCGCAGCGAUAGGAGGACGGCAGCUGUAUCUUUCAUAGGUGUUUUAUUUGCCCUGUGUAUGCCGCCACCUGCGUAGUUGUAUUUUUUGUGAAUGGAGACUGUGGACAUACGUGCCACGUGACCAAACCCUGAUAGGCCUAUACAGCACACAUGCAAAGAGGUUGCUGGGAUGCCGGUAGAUAUGCGCGUCGGCUCAGUGUCAUCACUAGGAAAGUGCAGACCACCUGAAAUUCGUAUAUUACUUUGGCGAGAACACAGUUUCUAUUUGUUUCUAAGAUAUCUUUUCCAUUGUUUGCGCAUGCGCCCAGGACGCGCAGCGAUAGGAGGACGGCAUUUGUACCAUCAAUGGGCGUGACAUCAGCCCUAUGCUUGCUGCCUCCCACGUAGAUGUACUUUAUGUGAAUGGAGACUGUGGUCACAUGCUCCGCGCGAGCGAACCCUGAUUGGUCCGUAUUGCGCAUGCGCAUAGCCAUUGAUAGGACGCCGGGGGGGGGGGGGCACAUCAGCUGGGGGGAGUCUUACUAUUUUAUUUUUGAUAUAUAAGCUGAAUUAUUUGUCAUGUAUUUUUUUUGUUUGUUAUUUCUGAUCCUGAAGAAAGCCCAGAUUGGGGCUGAAACGUCGAUCAAUUCUUUUUAAUGCAUAUUGAAUAAAACAGUUUGCAAUUUUUAUUAAGAAGACCAAAGAGUGCAGCCUUCAUCUUUGUUUUUUAUAUUUAUACAUAUAUCUUUUUGAUGUGAAAUGAAAGCACUAUUUCUCCAGAAAAAAGACAUAAUAGACAUAAUAAGCGUGUAUGCAAUAUGAAAAACGUGGUAAGCGACAUAUAGUUCAAAUCUUAGGUUUUGUUUUGGUUCAGAACUUGGACAAUUGCCUCCAUCAUUAAGGGGUUAAUAUGCGAUAUUAUUAAUUCAAGCAAACAUCAAUAAUUAGACAAAGCUUGUGUAUCGGAGAGCUAGUCCUAGCAGGAACUCUGCUCCGCUGGUACUCCAAGAUGUACUCAGGAACACGUAGAAUAUUCCAAGGAAGCCAAAUAAAGGAAAAUACUCCAAGAAUCUACCACCUCAGCAAUUGGACGACACUCAGCUCUGGGGGUAUAACUGGUUUUAAAGGAGCCACAGCUGGCCUUUUAUGAGAAUCCCCAUGCAAGCAGUGGCGUCUCUAGGAUUCAUUUUUAGGGGGGGGCUCAUGGUGGGCCAGGGACAAAAGUAGGGGGGCAUAUUUAACCCCGCCCUUGCCGCAGUUUGACCCCGCCCCUGCCACAUAUUAAGCCCCGCCCCCGACACAAUGUGUUUUUUUUUUUUUUUUAUAAAUAAUCCCUGGUGGAGGAUUCAUUAUUUUCCACCAGGGAUUAUUAAAAAACAAACACAUUUCCCUUGAUACAGUGCCAUAGUUGCCAACAUUAGAAAAAAAAUUCCAAGGACAUUUUGCAGCACAGCUAUCAAUUACUGUCUGUGUAUAAUAUCCCUGGACAGUCAGUGCUCCUCUGUAUAAUACAGGGUUGUGUGUAUAAUAAAUUGGGACAGUCAGAGAUCCCUGUACAGUGCUGCUCUCUGUAUAAUACAUGGCUGUGUGUAUAAUAUCCUGGGAGAGUCAGUGCUCCUUGUAUAGUGCUGCUCUCUGUAUAAUACAGGUCUGUUUGUGUAUAAUAUCCUAAGACAGAGAGCAGCACUAUACAGGGAACACUGACUGUUCCAGGAUAUUAUACAGACACAGACCUGUAUUAUACAAAGAGCAGCACUAUACAGAAAGCACUGACUAUCCCGGGAUAUUAUACACACACAGAUCUGUAUUAUACAGAGAACAGCACUAUAGUAUUAUACAGAUAGCUGUGCAUAUACUCCAUGUCCUAAUCUCUAGACUACUAGUACCUGUCAACUGCAGCUCCCAGACGCGUGUAACAGGGCUAAAGUGUGCGGCAGCUCACACAGAUGAUUCAGCGGUAAAGUGCACUCGCUGGCAGAGCCAAACUGGGAAUCCAAAGCAGCCCUGGAAAAAAAUGUAUGCCAUUCCUUCAAGUCAAUAUAUAUAUUGUAACAAACCACCUCUUUUACAGGUAGGAUUGUCACCGAUCUUGCAGUAACCACAGCCUUCUAGGGUAUACAAAGUCCAGGACACCUUCAGCUCAGUUUUCCUUUUUAUUCAGUAAGAAAGCAGGUACUUUAAAUAAUAACAAAAACAAACAAAAUCCCUUGCUCUUACUUGAGCUCUUACUAGACAGUAAUUGCUAUCUGCAAUUGGGUGGCUUUCCCACUUACCAAUUUUCCAAACAAAAGCAAUGUCUUUGCAAUAAACACAAUCUCUCCUAGCUGUCUUUUUCUCCCUCACUCUGCAGCAGGCUGCUCUCUUCUUUUAAAGGCCUGUCUACUAAUUGAGUAGCUACAGGUGAGUGCCAAUUAGUUAACUCUUAAAAUCAGAUCCAAGCUGUGGUCUGUUAUACAGCAACUAGUGCUGUUGGAGCAUUGGCCCACCCUGCUCUCCAAAUACUCCGCCCCAGGGACCCAUACCAUGUUUUGCAGAGCAUCAGCUAUGCAUAUUGCAAACUUUAACAUCUCUCCCUGGGGCAUUUAACUGAAAAAUCCUCUGGUUGCUGUUUAGCAAAUCAGGUCUGAUGUAUCUCCCAUCAACCACUAUUCCACCUUUACGCUCACAUAUCCUCCCCCCCAGCUCAUACCCAUGGGUUUGAGCGACCAUGGAAAUCAGGGAGUGUACCCUCGAAAGCCCAUCAGCAUUACCUUGUUGCAGACCAGCCCUGUGUUCCACAGUGAAAUUAAAAGAUUGCAAACUCAAAAACCAUCUGGUUACUCUGGAGUUACUUUCCCUGUUCUGAUACAUCCACGUCAGAGGAGCAUGGUCCGUUAUCAAUCGGAACUUUCUGCCUAGUAGGUAGUAUUUAAGAGAGUCUAAUGCCCACUUAAUAGCAAGACACUCUUUUUCAACAAUAGAGUAGUUCUUCUCAUGUGGGUUUAACUUUCUGCUCAAAAAGAAAACAGGGUGUUCUUCACCCUGGUAUUCCUGUGAAAGAACAGCCCCCAAGCCCACAUCAGAAGCAUCUGUCUGAACUAUAAAAUCCCUGGAAAAAUCUGGGGUCACCAAGACAGGAUGGCUACAGAUAGCUUCCUUCAGACUCUUAAAAGCCUUUUCUGCCUCAGGGCACCAUUUAACUAUGACUGGGGAUUUUGCUUUAAUAAGGUCUGUUAGGGGUGCAGCAAUGGUAGCAAAAUCUGGAAUGAACCGCCUAUAAUAUCCAAUUAAACCCAAAAAUGCCUUUACUUGUUUCUUUGUAAGGGGCUGUGGCCAUUUUUGUAUGGCUUCUACUUUGGCUUCCUGUGGUUUAACCAAACCCCUCCCAAUAGAAUAACCUAAGUACUUAGCUUCCUCUAAACCAAUCGUACACUUGGAAGGAUUGGCAGUUAAGCCUGCUGAGCGGAUAGCAUCAAGUACCGCUUGAACUUUAGGGAGGUGGGAUUCCCAGUCUGCACUGUGGAUGACGACAUCAUCCAAGUAUGCUGCAGCAUAACGAACAUGAGGUUUAAGAAUUCUGUCCAUCAUUCGUUGGAAUGUGGCAGGUGCCCCAUGUAACCCAAAUGGCAAUACAGUGUACUGAAACAGGCCACUGGGUGUUGAAAAGGCUGUCUUUUCUUUGGCUCUUUCAGUGAGAGGGACCUGCCAGUAACCCUUUGUUAAAUCCAAGGUUGUUAGAUAACGAGCUUUGCCCAGUCUUUCUAUUAACUCAUCAACUCUUGGCAUUGGGUAAGCAUCAAAUUUUGAGAUGGCGUUUAACUUGCGGUAGUCAUUGCAGAACCUCCAUGUGCCAUCAGGUUUUGGCACCAAUACAAUAGGACUACUCCAGUUACUCUGGGAUUCUUCAAUGACUCCAAGUUUUAACAUGCUCUCAACCUCUAAGUUUAUAACCUCCCUCCGGGCCUCAGGAAUUCUAUAGGGUUUGAGGUUAACUCUUUUCCCUGGUUCGGUUAUUAUGUCAUGUUUAAUCACUUUAGUCUUUCCUGGAACUACCGAGAAAACAUCCCUAUUUCUUCUGAUGAAAUCUCUGACCUCUUGCUUUUGAUGUACAGACAGAGUCUCAGAUACGUUCACCUCUGGCUCUACUAUAGGAGGUUCUGAAGGUUUUAAAGCAACCAGGACCUCCCUGUCCUUCCAUGGCUUUAACAGAUUUAUAUGAUACAACUGUUCAGGCUUUCUUCUUCCUGGUUGUCUGACUUUAUAAUUGACAUCACUCACUUUCUCUAUUAUUUCAUAGGGUCCAUGCCAAGUCGCAAGGAACUUAUUCUCCACAGUAGGGACCAGAACCAAUACCCUGUCUCCAGGUUGGAACACUCUGACUCUAGCAUUACGGUUAUAGCUGUUUUUCUGAGCCUGCUGGGCUUCCAGCAUGUGUUCCCUGACAAUAGGCAUGAUGGUGGCCAUUCUAUCCUGCAUUUGAGCUAUAUGCUCAAUUACACUCCUGUGAGGAGUAGUCUCCUGUUCCCAGGUCUCCUUAGCAAUAUCCAAUAUUCCCCUGGGAUGUCUUCCAUAUAAUAAUUCAAAAGGAGAGAAGCCCGUGGAGGCCUGUGGAACUUCCCUAAUGGAAAACAGUAGAUAUGGCAAUAAAAAAUCCCAAUUUCUUCCAUCUGCAUCAAUUACCUUGCGUAGCAUACUCUUAAGGGUUUUGUUGAACCUCUCUACUAAACCAUCAGUCUGUGGGUGAUAUACUGAGGUCUUAAGAUGUUUAACCUGCAAGAGCCUGCACAACUCUUUUGUGACUCUGGACAUGAACGGGGUCCCCUGGUCUGUCAGUAUUUCUUUAGGGAUACCCACCCUACUGAACAUCAACAUAAGUUCCUUAGCUAUUAACUUUGCAGAGGUAUUACGCAAGGGAAUGGCCUCAGGGUAGCGAGUUGCAUAGUCCAAGAUGACUAAUAUAUAUUGGUGUCCCCUAGCGGACUUUACCAGUGGCCCCACUAAGUCCAUAGCGAUCCUUUCAAAAGGCACAUCAAUUAUGGGUAAGGGUACAAGUGGACUACGAAAAGUCUUGAAAGGAGCCCUGUACUGGCACUCAGGACAUGAGGAGCAAUAGUUUGUAAUAGCAGCAAACACUCCAGGCCAGUAAAACCUUCUAAGGACUCUCUCUCUAGUUUUUUCGACUCCCAAGUGUCCCCCUAAUAUGUGGCUGUGAGCCAACUUUAGCACUAUAUUCUGGUAAGUCUGAGGAACCAACAGCUGCUUAAUGAUGUCUGAAUCCUUUUUUUCUACACGGUAAAUUAGGUCAUUUUGUACUUCAAAAUAGGGGAACGGCAGUGCUUCUCCUGGCUGAUUAGCAACCCCGUUUACAACUUUAAUAUCAUUUCUAGCUGUCACUAAAGUGGGAUCUUCCCACUGAGCGCUUUUAAAGUUACCUGGACUAAUUCCAAUAUCAAUUAAGUCCUUAUCCUUGUCUGCAGUAUUAGUAGGCUCCUCACUAGUUUGAGCUGGGUUAUCUCCUAUUAAUACUGGUUUAGGGCAGUAUUUUUUCUUUUUUCUUAUUUUUCCGUCACAGUGGUCAAAACCCAAGUCAAUAUCGGAAAAAGGGAACACAUUAUCCUCGACAGACUGACUCAUCUCUGAUAAAUUUUGGUCUGUCUUUUCUAAAGCUGCCCAUAAUUUUAGAAAAUGAGGAAAGUCUCUACCGAUCACUACCUCAUGGGCUAAUCUAGGUACUACACCCACUCGGUACUUUAAAUCCCCAUACUGGGUUCCAAUAUUUACUUCCACAGUGGGGUAUUCCUUUUUAUCACCAUGAACACAGAUAAUGCCUAUUUUCUGUACAUGAUCAGGUUUUACACAAGGUAUUAUAGACUCUGCUACCAACGUAACCAUACUACCUGAAUCAAGUAAUGCUUUAGACAUUUUUCCAUUCACAGUUACACAGCAUUUAUGAGCGUUAUUAUCAUAGUCAUUGUUAACAGUACCAUAACAACUGAGCAAAAAUGAACGUGUUCCCUCAUCUUUGCCCAUAUUGCAUUCCAUAGGUUCAUCCUUAAAUGGACAGUCUUUGGCCAUAUGACCAUCCUCUUUGCACUUGAAACAUUUGACAGUACAAUCUGACCACCAAUUAGUUCCUUUCCCAGGCCUAUUAGACCUGGAUGCCCCCCUGGUGUUUUGUGUAUAGAGCUGCAGUUCUUCAGCUCCCCUUAAACCUUGAACAGUCUUACCAGGUCUUGCAGAAUCUUGGGGCUUAGGAUUGCGAGGGUUUGCCUGUGAAGUAGGACAUAGCAGUUCUCCUGCAGCCACAUAUCUUUCCACCAAGGCAAUCAGUUGGUCAGCUGUAUGGGGGUCACUUUGGCUGACCCAGCGACGCAGGGAAGCUGGUAAACCACGCAAAAACCGGUCCAUUACUAAGGUUUCCACAAUGUGGCUAGCUGAAUGGAUUUCAGGUUGUAACCAUUUCCGUGCAAGGUGUAUGAGGUCAAACAUUUGGGAACGUGCGGCUUUGUCUGAAGAAUAUGACCAUGAGUGGAACCUUUGGGCACGUACUGCAGAGGUUACACCCAGUCGUGCCAAGAUUUCAGCUUUCAAUUUGCUGUAGAUACUUGCAUCGGCUGGUUCUAGGUCAUAAUAUGCCUUCUGCGGCUCUCCACUUAGGAACGGUGCCAGUAUGCUUGCCCACUCACCAGCCGGCCAUCCCUCCCUCUCAGCAGUGCGCUCAAAUGCCAGAAGGUACGCCUCAACAUCAUCUGAUGCGGUCAUUUUCUGAAGAUAGUGGCUCGCCCGAAUCACCUUUGGCCCCUGGUAUCUUCCAUCAGGGUCUCCAUUCAGUUUUUCAGAGAUAGCUUGGAUUUCCUGUUGUAGUCCCUGGGUGACUUUUUGCUGCUCCUCACGGGCUACUUUAAACAUCUCCGCUUGUGUCACAACAAGCUGUUUCACCAAGGACUCAGUGCACUCCAUUUGUGUUUUGGCCAGGACUUUAGCACACUCUGCCUGGGCCAGCACCAGUUGCUGCAGGGCUGCACUGUUUUCUGCAGCUCUCCUGUUAGUCUCCUGUUGCACAGAGGUGGAUUGGAUCAGAGCCUUGAUAACAUCCUCCAUGUUGAGCUUUAAAUGACUUCUACCCUCAGGCUUACGUGGCUGCCCGCAUUCUCCACCAUAUGUAACAAACCACCUCUUUUACAGGUAGGAUUGUCACCGAUCUUGCAGUAACCACAGCCUUCUAGGGUAUACAAAGUCCAGGACACCUUCAGCUCAGUUUUCCUUUUUAUUCAGUAAGAAAGCAGGUACUUUAAAUAAUAACAAAAACAAACAAAAUCCCUUGCUCUUACUUGAGCUCUUACUAGACAGUAAUUGCUAUCUGCAAUUGGGUGGCUUUCCCACUUACCAAUUUUCCAAACAAAAGCAAUGUCUUUGCAAUAAACACAAUCUCUCCUAGCUGUCUUUUUCUCCCUCACUCUGCAGCAGGCUGCUCUCUUCUUUUAAAGGCCUGUCUACUAAUUGAGUAGCUACAGGUGAGUGCCAAUUAGUUAACUCUUAAAAUCAGAUCCAAGCUGUGGUCUGUUAUACAGCAACUAGUGCUGUUGGAGCAUUGGCCCACCCUGCUCUCCAAAUACUCCGCCCCAGGGACCCAUACCAUGUUUUGCAGAGCAUCAGCUAUGCAUAUUGCAAACUUUAACAUCUCUCCCUGGGGCAUUUAACUGAAAAAUCCUCUGGUUGCUGUUUAGCAAAUCAGGUCUGAUGUAUCUCCCAUCAACCACUAUUCCACCUUUACGCUCACAAUAUAUAUAUAUAUAUAUAUAUAUAUAUAUAUAUUGUACAGUGAGCACACAAGCUCACUGACAGACAAAACUCUCUGACUCACACACAAGCUUACUACAGACAAACUCACUUGUAUAAAUACAAGGCUCACUACAAAGAAGUUCAGGGACACACACAAGCUCACUAAAGACAAGCUCACUGACACACACAAGCAGUACCAUCUUAACAGUGUUAAGGGCCCCGGGCAAAGCAGUGCUCUGGGGCCCUUCCUACACAACAACUCACAGGAAUAAAAAUUUUAAUUAUUGAUAGACUGCUGAGUACAUACACACAGUACACUGAAUAUGAACACUGAGAGACUGCUGAAUACACACACAGACUCCUGAAUGCACACAAGCGUUACUGAAUGCACACAGGCUGAUUUAUACACUUACACACAGACUGCUGAGUCCAUACACACACACUGCUGAGUCCACACACACACAGACAUACAGACUGCUGAGUCCAUACACACACACACAGACACAAACACAGACUGCUGAGUCCAAAUACACACACAGACACACACACAGACUGCUGAGUUCAUAUACACACAGACACACACACACAUAGACACAUACACAGACUGCUGAGUCCAUACACAAAUACAGACUGCUGAGUCCACACACACACAAACGCACAGACUGCUGAGUUCAUACAAAUACACAUACUGCUGAGUUCAUACAAACACACACACACAGACUGCUGAGUCCAUACACACACAGACUGCUGAGUUCAUACAAACACACACAGACUGCUGAGUCCACACACACAGACUGCUGAGUCCAUACACAUACACCCACAGACUGCUGAGUCCAUAUACACACUGCUAAGUCCAUACACACAGACUGCUAAAUCCAUACACACACACUCACAGACUGCUGAGUCCAUACACACACACACACACACACACAGACUGCUGAGUCCAUACACACACAGACGCACAGACUGCUGAGUUCAUACACACACACACACAGACUGCUGAGUCCAUACACACAGAUACUGCUGAGUCCAUACACAGACACACGGACUGCUGAGUUCAUACACACACACAGACGCAGAGACUGCUGAGUCCAUACACACACAAACACACUGGUGAGUCCACACACACACAGACUGCUGAAUCCACACACACACACAGACUGCUGAGUUCAUACACACACAGCUGCACAGACUGCUGAGUCCAUACACACACACCCACAGACUGCUGAGUCCAAACACACACAGACUGCUGAGUCCAUACACACACACAGAUGCACAGACUGCUGAGUCCAUACACACAGAGACUGCUGAGUCCAAACACACAGAGACUGCUGAGUCCACACACACACAGAGACUGCUGAGUCCACACACACACACAGACUGCUGAGUUCAUACACACACACAGACUGCUGAGUCCAUACACACACAGACUGCUGAGUUCAUACACACAGCCGCACAGACUGCUGAGUCCAUACACACACACCCACAGACUGCUGAGUCCAUACACACAGAGACUGCUUAGUCCAAACACACACACACACAGACUGCUGAGUCCAUACACACACACACACACAGACUGCUGAGUCCAUACAAACACCCACACACCCACAGACUGCUGAGUCCAUACACACACACACACAGACUCCUGAGUCCAUACAAACACACAGACUGCUGAGUCCAUACACACACACAGACUGCUGAGUCCAUACACACACAGACUGCUGAGUCCAUACACACACACAGACUGCUGAGUCCACACACACAAGCUUCAUCACUAGCAGAGACACACAAGCAUAUUAAGCUCACUGGAGGCUGUUGCUGGGGUCAGACUUCCAUCCUUUCCAGCAGCAACAUGCUUGGCUGCUUAAAGGCGGGGGUGGGGCUUAUGUGCGGGAGGCGGGGCUUCGUUUGGGGACUGGGCCUGUGCCAGAGAGCCAGUCAGUGCUCCCUCCAGCCACAGACAGCACCCAGCACCUCAGUCCUGCAUUCCCUCAGACUGUAACAGACAGCAUGAUGUAGGGGGGGCCCUGGCCCCCCCCCUAGCGACGCCACUGCAUGCAAGGGGUACGCCCACAUGGACCUUGUGGGGAACUGAGUGACAAUAUUCAUAGACCAAUAAGACAGUAUUCCAAUGCAUGACACUCCCAUACAUAGCAUACAAUCCCUCCCCUCUGCCUGGAAGAUAAUUAAGUCAGAUAAUGUAUUAACCCAAUUAUCUUCAGGCAGGAAAAAAACACACAUUUUACAAAACCCCCAAAAUACACCGUAUCCCCACAAAUGUUACAUCCCCUGAUAGCUCUGAUCUGGAUGACCAAAGAUCACCCAGAUCAGUUCAGGGGUUCAGAAAUUUUAUGGAAGUCACAUUUUGACCGACUGCACGCAUGGUCCCAUGCCCAAAAGAGUUCCAGAGAAUCAGGCUGUGCGGCCGGUCUACUUCGGGGAUUCAAAGUAAUGUCCAAAAUACCGAAUGUAGAGAGUUUGUAUGGCACUUAGUCUUUAUUUCUGGUUCGGGAGCUUAUUCCCACCGAAUGCCGUUCGACUCCCGUUCGCAUAGCCGAAUAUCCAUGGAAGGUAAGAGUCCACUCCAUGAAGUGUACGAUUUGAGUUCCAUGCACUCGAUGACCAAACACCGCUGGAUGCGUUUGACAAAACAAGAUGGAUGCCGCCAGUUCUGCUGUCAUUUCGAAUGCUUCGAGAGUUCGAAGACAUACUGCCUAAGUCCACAAAAAGACACAAACAGUGGUAGAAAAUAGGGAGGUAUAUCUCACACAGGGACUGCAAGCCCCAACCAUAGGGGACAAUGGGAAAAGGGAAUACGGACAGCCUGUAGUGGCAUAAGGGUACUGUAUCAAGGUCCAUUCUGCUACAGCUUGCCAAUUGUAAUACUUUGUAGCUGAAUUUUAAAUGAAAAAAAAAACAACUCCUUUUUUCUGUGUAUAUAGUGAGUUUUAGUGCCAUCUAGUGGUAUACCUGAAUGUUAACGAAGAUCUCUCCUUUUCUAUAAAGGAGACGUGUCAUGCAUUUGUUAGAAUGUUUCCAAGUGUAUCUGGUAAUACAGCAGAAUAGGAUUUUUGUGGGCAGUAUAGUGCAGAAUAAUAAAUGCAUGAUUUCGUGCGUGGCUAGCAGAGCAGCACACAGGACGUGUUUAUGUGGAGCUCCUGCUUCACUAAUCUACAAUUGACCCAAAAAGCCACGAAUACACCGAACUUAGACCCAAAAACCAAGCAGUAACAAGCAUUAGACCCCCUACAGAGAGACGGGGAAGAAAAACAAGAAAACCGCCCGCCUAGAGAGCUCACACCAACCUGACAUCAGGCGAUCUUUUGAAAAGCCGCAGCAGGCUCCACAGUCCGACUCGUCUAUGGAGGAGGAGAACUUCCAGAACGCGACCCCGGCCACCGCAUUAUACCGGUCGGAGACGUCGGACUCUGACGACUUACCUUCAACAAAGGGCAACAUCAAAAAGCUCCUCCUAGAUCUCCGGGAGAUGUGGAAAUCGGACUUGGCCGGCGUGAGGACAGAAGUAACCGACAUGAAGGGGCGCCUGGAGGCAGUGGAAACCCGAGAAGGCCAAAGAGAUGCCUUACUGACCGACUCCAGAAGGCAAAUGGACGCACUGACACUCCAACUCCAAAGACUCACCCGCUCAGUCACAGCGAUGGAGACGCGCCACCGCAGAAGAAAUGUCCGCAUACACGGAGCCCCUGAAGACAUAGGCCCAGAGGCCUUAUUGGCCUACGCAAACAAAGUGGCGGUGGCGAUGGGGGCAAAAAAGGAAGGAGAAACAUGGCCGAUUACGGCAGCGUUCAGAAUUCGGAAAGCCCCGACCGCCCCAGCAGACGCGCCGAGAGACAUCAUAGCCGUUACCCAAGAUGUCACAGUCAAAGCGGCACUGAUGGCCUCCUCCAGGAAGACCCCCACCACGUGAAAGUUUUCGCUGACAUCCCAUUCACAACCCUGCUGGAGCGGAGAAAAUUUAUGCCAAUCACCCGCCCACUGAGAGACAAGGGCAUCAGAUACCGGUGGGGAGCAGCAGGCACGCUAGUGGUCCCACAAAAGGACUCAAUCCUCACACUGUCUGCGGACGAAAACCCUGCAGGAUUCAUCCAGGCCCUCCAGCUGCAGCUGCAAGUACCCCCCGACGGGGCAGGCGAUACUGAGAACUGGGAGACUGAGAACUGAGAGAGCAACACUAGGGCGGAGAGGAAGAGGAGCAAACAGCACUCACACAAUCCCCUUCAGACCUGAACAAGCAAAAGGCUAACCCACGAUACUCACCAGGUGACACUCACUACAAACCAACUACACGGACGAUACUGGCAGGCAAAGAAACUGCCCAAGACUAUAGCUAAAACUAUACUAUGAAGGUCACGUAAGUGACCCCAAAGUACUUUUUCAUUUUUGGUUUAUUUUUUAUUUUUUAAAUACUCACAUAGCGAGCCUAUGCCUCUACACUUUUACACCCUAAAGACGGGGAAGAGGGAAGGGAGCAGAGGGAAGGGACCAAUACCACAAAAGUGCAGGAUGUACCACCCCAGAGACACAACAACUGCCCCUCUAGCCCAUGGAUGUUGUAGAAACUGUUAGUAUCGUGAUUGUUGUACUUUAGGUUCUUUUCAACCACAUGACUAGAUGCCUCCCCCCUUAUAUGCCGGGACUCCUGAUUUUAUUAAAGACCCGGAGGCUCCUAUUAUGCUGCUCUCUUUCUUUAUUACCCUCAGCAGCAAAGAAUACAUUAUUGAAGAAAAAUAAACAUUUGAACUAGGUAUAACAUCAUAGUGACAAUGUCCGCCUAGUAACAUGGCCAUCCAAUCAGUGUCGUCCUUCUCCUAUAGUAGGCGGAGCAUUGAUGACCACUUCCUCUUUCUUUGCUGCUACCCUCAGAUAAGUACACCCCUCACAGUUCUCUCACUGUGGGAUCCUUUAAUGUUACUCUAUUCAAUAUGAUAUUGUACUUCAUUGUAUUUAAUUGUUCUUUCUAUUAACCUCCUACAUUCAUGGGUACCUUUUACUGGUACUGACUGCAUUGCACCUUUAAAUAAUCUUUCAAAGUAUAAGUGUAGUAUACUUAACAACCUGCACAUCUUCCUAUACCCUACACUGUCAUGGCUUGACCCCCCUUAUUCUAUCUGCCCUGAUAUUCAGGGACUUGGCCGGUCUGUGGGUUUGUCCAGCUAUCACUUUAAUUUCGCCGGCAUCUGGCCCGUCCGCGCAUGCGCGCCCAGUCAGAACGCCAUCUUAAGUUCCGGCUGUAGGUCGCGGUCGGAUUUACUUCUGACCGCGCAUCCAGCCGCACUACACCCCUCCCUCCCCGUGCGGCGGUGUAGCAACGUUACCUUACCGCCGAACACCGGCAUUCACUUAUACUUUCGCUUUGUUAGCCGCGGCGGCCAUCUUUUUGGUUCCCGCCGGCGCGGCGGCCAUUUUCUUCCAACAUUUUCCCGCCCUUUUACUAUGGAACGCCCACUCCGUCCCUUGAUCGGAGUUGGUGUCCAGUAUUAGUGGCGGACGGUUCCCUUUUCUCCUGCUCCCCUCCAUUAUUUUGAUAAAUAGCUGUAAGUGAUUUUCCUGAUUUAACUUACUGCUUAUUGUGUUCUGGUUAUUUUCAGCUGGGUUACUUAACCCUGCUCUACAACUCUUACUAUUAAAUUCAUCAAAUAACACCUGCACUGUCAAUUACUUUGUUUAAUCCUGCCUGUCAGUUACACUGCACUAAUGCAAUCUGCUAAUGAUUUACCUGGUCCCUCAGGGACAACAACUGACCCCCAGACAGCAUUGGGUUUUCCCCCUAUAGUUUCUGGGGAUGACCUGGAUUUCCCAGCAUCAGAGGAUAUUCAGGCUAUCAUGGACACUACUGUGUCCAAGUCUGUCUCUAAAGCCCUGGCAUCUGCCAUGGACAUUAUGUCUUCAUCUAUUUCAAAAUCUUUUACCCAGGCACUAAGGCAGGCCCAACGCAUGGUCCCUCCGACCGCUAUGCCAGUCGCGAUACCAUCUAUUUCCAACCCAUCACGCCCCGGCCGCAAAGCCUUGGCAAAAACCAAGCACUCCUCCAAGUUAACGAUGGACAGUAAAACACCUGUCACAGAUGGCGCGAAUACUAACCCACCGCGCAAAAGAGCCUCUAGCCGGGCAAAAGCGGCUAGGCAUUGGAAGUGGGCUAAAGCCCAACCUGAUUCCACUGAGUCAGAACUCAGUUCAGAUGAGGAGAGUGCCCCAGCCCUAGACUCAGAUCAGUCUAACGAUUUGUCCGACCUAGAUUCGGAAUAUGACAUUGAUGAGGUGUGUAAUCCCUCUACUGAGAUAAAUACCGCAAGCUCAGAAUUGAUUAAACAGGGAAAAAUCCUUGACCCGCAGGGCGAACCACUGUUUGAGCCGGAUGACUUACGUCACCCCCGCUCUGCGGAAUGGUCACCAGCUGAGCAUGUGGCACAAUAUGUCGCCUCACGGGUCCGUAAGCCUCUGGACAAGGCAACACGUAAUAAACUGAGGGCUGAAUGCCCACGCCCCACCAUACCAGACGAGGUCUGUAAGACACCCCAAGUCGAUCCCAAGAUCAUACAAUUUUUAAGCAAGACGGGUUGGAAACCUAAGAAAGGUCUAGACUUUUCGCUUUAUAAUUGUCAAGACAAAGUCUUGGAUAUCUUAGGUCCAGCGACCAAAAUUUUCGAAGCCGUGGAGGAAUCCUUGGCACAAGAUGACGCCUUAGAUCGCCUCACUAUUAGAGGUUGGAUUCAGAGGGUGAUAUGCCUCAUAGGCAAUGCCAAUACCGCUCUGGCUACAGAGCGCCGUAAAUCUAUUCUCAUUAAAAUAGAACCAAAGCUUGUAAAUAUGGCAAUUACUGAGCCAGGGGCCCUAGCAAAAGGGUACCUUUUUGGAGAAUCUUUUGUAAAAGACCUGGGAUCUUAUGUCCAAACAUUCACGGCCUUAGACAAGGCACAAUCAAAUCUAAAAAGGGUGUUCCACCCAAAGGUUUUUGGUGGGGCCGGCAGAGCAAGGGGCCGUCUGUCCGGCAGAGUCAACAGAGGCUCGCGCCCGAGCCGAGGCUCCUAUGUUGGGAGAACCCCCUUUAUUGACCAAAGGUCCGCUCCGACCUUUUUUCCACAACGAGGCAGACCAUGGGUGUCGAGAGGUACUCGAGGCGCUCCUUCCGGAAGACGUCCUUACGGUAAGCUACCUUUCUCAAUUUCAAACACAGGUGGCGAUUGGGGGCAGACUCACACAUUUUUCCCAUGUCUGGGCUCUCAUUACCUCAGAUGCCUGGAUACUCAGGGCUGUCCACGGGUACCUAAUAGACUUUAUAUCCCUUCCAACCCAACGCUCCCCACCCAGGGAGAUUGCUUUUUCCCCUCUAGACACGACCCUCGUCUCCGAGGAGGUUCGAGACUUGGCUCUCAAAGGAGCUAUUCAAGAAAUCCCGAUGCAUACCCCGGGUUUUGUGAGCAACCUAUUUAUUGUCCCAAAGAAGGGGGGCGGGUCCCGCCCAGUUAUCAAUCUCAAACACCUAAAUGCCUACGUAAAUUACCAUCACUUCAAGAUGGAAGGCAUUCACUGCCUGCGAGAUUUGCUCCAACCAGCCGACUGGAUGGUCAAACUCGAUCUAAGAGACGCGUACCUCACGGUACCCAUUGCACAGACGCACCAAGAUUUCCUGCAAUUCACGUGGCAAGGAAGGAAAUGGCGGUUCCGCUGCCUUCCCUUCAGUCUGUCUUCCGCACCUUGGUGCUUCACCAAGCUAAUGAAGCCCGUGAUUGCUCUCCUACGCAGUCGAGGGAUACGCCUAAUCAUAUAUUUAGACGACAUCCUACUGCUAUCCCAGUCAGUCUCACUGCUCCAUAUGCACCUCGGUUGGACCACAACCUUGUUGCAGAAUUUGGGAUUCAUCAUAAAUUGGGAAAAGUCCACCCUAGCCCCCACUCAACAAAUAGAAUUCCUAGGUCUCUUGGUGGACUCAGUUAUGCAAACCUUGUAUUUACCAACAUCCAAAAUGAAAAAUAUCAAGAAAGAGAUAAGACGAGUUCUUACCUGUCCACAUAUAUCUCUCAAACAUCUGGCCCGCGUGAUCGGGCUCCUAGCAGCCUCCAUACAGGCCAUAUUCCCGGGUCCCCUUCAUUACAGAGCCCUCCAACGCCUACAGGCGUCAUACCUGAGAGACGGCGCCUCAUACGAGGAUACUCUGACUCUAAACGCAGAGGCGAAAGAAGAACUCCGCUGGUGGCUCAUACACAUGGAGGCGUGGAAUGGCAAAGCCAUCUUCGGCUCGGCCCCAGAUGUAGUAAUAGAGUCGGACGCGAGCUCUUAUGGUUGGGGUGCGCGCUGCGGAGAUAUUUCCACAGGCGGACGCUGGUCGGAGGCGGAGUCAACACUGCAUAUAAAUUGCCUGGAACUCCUUGCAGGGUCCUUUGCAAUUCGCAGCCUCUCCCCGACACUGUCCCAAUGCUCAAUCUUACUGAAGAUGGACAACGUAUCGGCUGUCCGGUAUAUCAACCACCUCGGUGGCACGAGAUCCAAAAUCCUGGCGAAUUUGGCGAGGGACUUUUGGCAGUUUUGUCUGCAACACAACAUGGCCGUCAGGGCAGAAUUCUUACCCGGGUUAUCCAACACUACGGCGGAUUGGUACUCCCGCCAUCUACGGGAUUCCAGCGAUUGGCACCUCGAUCCCCAAGUCUUCCAGCACAUUUGGGAUCUGUGGGGUCCUCUGGCAAUAGACUUGUUUGCCUCCCGUUUGAACACCCAACUUCCGACCUUCUUCAGUUGGAGGCCAGACCCCAAGGCUUCGGCUACGAAUGCUUUCUCCCAAGACUGGUCAACCACCAGGAACUAUGCUUUCCCUCCUUUCGCCCUCAUUCCUCGGUGUCUUCUCCACCUACGGCGCCAAUUGGGCUGCUUGGUGAUAAUAACCCCCUUAUGGCCGUCGCAGCCCUGGUUCCCUCCUCUUCUGGAGAUGGCCAUAGAUCGCCCGCGGCUCCUCCCGGAUGCCCAAUCUCUACUACGAGACCCGGAUGCGAACCCCCACCCCAUGAUCCGUCAGGGCUCCUCCGCCUCAUGGCGUGGCUGGUUUCCGGGGACCCUGGUCGAUCGAGGGAGUUUCGCAAUCGACUCUCCGACUUCUCGAGGGCUCAUGGGCACCCGGCACGAGGCAGUCUUACAAGUCUGCUUGGCGCACAUGGGAUGGUUGGUGCAUGGCACGGGGUUUGGAUCCCCUAUCAACUCCUGUGACAACAGUCCUGCAAUUCUUAACAUCACUUUAUGACGACGGGAAGGCUUACAGGACAGUAAAUCUCUUCCGUUCGGCCAUAUCGGCCGGCCAUACCGGCAUUGAUGGGGCCCCGAUAGGACGACACCCAAUUGUCUGUCGUCUUCUCCGAGGCAUUCGCUUUGCAAGGCCACCCCAACCUCGCUAUUCCUCCCUGUGGGACGUCUCCCUAAUAUUGAAUUUCUUGACACGAUGGCCAGACAACGAGUCUUUAUCCUUGAAACAACUAUCCGCUAAACUAGUUAUGCUCUUAUGCCUAAUCUCCUGCAAGAGAGUGUCAGAUGUUAGAGCACUCGAUGUCAAUGCCCGAUCCUUCUCUCCAGAAGGAGUGGUCUUUGACAUCUCACGGAGGACGAAAUCGUCAUCUCGGACGGUCCUGUACCCGGCGUUUCAUGCGAAGCCACUCCUUUGCCCGGUAGCAUGCCUUCGGGCGUACGAAGCCCGUACCGCACCCCUUCGGACUGGGUCAGACCCCCAACUCUUCAUCUCCUUCCGUAAACCGCAUGCUUCGGUUUCCUCUCCAACCUUGGCCCGCUGGGUGAAAUGGCUCAUGUCUUUGGCAGGUAUUGACACCUCCAUUUUCUCUCCCCAUUCAGUUCGCGGUGCCAUGGCCUCUAAAGCCUCCUUUGCUGGUUGUCGUUUAGAGGAUAUAUUGAAGGCGGCUGAUUGGUCUGCGGAAUCUACCUUCCUUAAUUUCUAUUUCAAACCAAUCCAACAUUUUGCAGAAGCCGUGAUAUCACAGCUUUAAAAUAGCAUAAUAGGAGCCUCCGGGUCUUUAAUAAAAUUCGAGGAUUUUACAAUUAUCAUGACGGAAAGUCAUGAUUUUAUUAAAGACACGGAGGCGAGUAUUAUCCCACCCACCCGCCCUUGGACGGCUUGGAUGUGGGGCAAGGUAAGUUACAGACCUCUCCAUGGUAAGUUCAAUCUUGGUGAUAUUGAGGCCAUCACAGGCGUUAGGACAUUAUCUAAUUUGAGACUCAUUGCCACAAGUGUCCUCAGAUCAGUAGUCCCUCUUACUACAUCUAUGAAUUAUUGCCACUGUUUAGUCAAAUGUGUGGACCUCUAUGUAUGAAAACCCAUCAGUCCAAGACAUUACCAUAUUUUCUUGUCUCUUCUAGCAUGACUGGGUUGAAGGAGCUCUUGGAGUGUCAUACCUUGUUCUGGCUCGUUGGUUUAUCUGGUUUCCUGUUCCGAGUUUUGAGUUUAUUCUUCGGGAUACGCAAGAAAGAAAGAGGAAGUGGUCAUCAAUGCUCCGCCUACUAUAGGAGAAGGACGACACUGAUUGGAUGGCCAUGUUACUAGGCGGACAUUGUCACUAUGAUGUUAUACCUAGUUCAAAUGUUUAUUUUUCUUCAAUAAUGUAUUCUUUGCUGCUGAGGGUAAUAAAGAAAGAGAGCAGCAUAAUACUCGCCUCCGUGUCUUUAAUAAAAUCAUGACUUUCCGUCAUGAUAAUUGUAAAAUCCUCGAAUUAUUAAUAAUGAUUGUCACUGUAAUGCCCACAGAUUUAACUACAGCAAUGCAGGGCUCAGCACCACGACAUACAAUAUUGUGCUAGAGUUUACACUGUUAAUUUAACACCAGGCUAACAUUCUAUUCUGUUGACCUAGCAUUAGAAUACUCUCACUCCACUGGAGGUACGAGCAGGGGAUACCCAGGAGUGUACACAAAUUUUAUAGGUGUUGUCGCCGCUGUUGCCAAAGUGUGUAUUCUAACUCUAUAGGAGCAGUUUACAAAUGACACCUGUAGCCAUAGUAAGACCCCACAUAAGAUCAGCACACUCAACUAAAGGACCACACCAUAGGCUCUAUAAGGGUCACCAAUGGGAUGAACUUCAGCCCUUUAUUUUCUUAUUCCUGUUUUCACCCUGUCCUUCUAACUCACUCGAGUGGCCAGUAUGCUUUAACCCCUACAGGGGGGGCCAGCGCGAAGUGCCAUACGGACCAUUCUGGGUGCGCCUAAGCUGCCAGCACGUUAACCCAAAUAACCGAAACCCCCAAGGGGCUGAUAGCCUGACACUCUGGGCUGCACAUCCAAAGUCCGGCCUACCAGCUGGCAAGACAUGUUAACUGAGUAAAUCCUAAGCCCUCAUGAGUCGAAAGUAAGUUACACGGUAAUAUACACCCUAAGCCUGCUAGAGCUGCUAACUUGAGAAGCCAACCCGAUAUUCUCAAACCUACACGGAAUGCCUAAGAGUUACAGGGCACUGCACACCAUGAGUCACCAUAAGCGGCGGGUGUGAUAUACAGAUUUGUGUUAUUACAGCUCCCUCCCUGUACUUGUCACUGAGUGCACCAGAGAAGCUAGCAUGUUCAACCAAGAAAAAACCCAUGUUUAUUAUUAUGUUUAUUAUUAAUUAUUAUUAAUUAAUGUGAUGUUUAAUUGUAUUCCUUUUAUCUACAUGUAAUGAAUGUAUGUAAGCUACCAUCAAAACCAGUGGUUCUGUUCCUACCACAAAAAUAAAGAAUUUUAAAAAUAAAAAAUAAAUGCAUGAUUUCACAUUUAUUAGUAUUACAAAGGAAACAGGCAAGAUGUUUUAUUCAUGUUAAUUUGUCUAAGGGGUCCAUUCAGACAAUAGUGUUAUUCUUUAAACAAGUCAAUUAAAAAUUAAGCUUUACUUAAUAUAUAAGCUCCAUUUGGGGCACUUAUAACUUGUUGGCACCCGGUGACAGGGGAUUUUAAAGUAACUUCAAUACACAAGGACUGCAAGUGCCUCAGCAGGACUACUUCCAUUUGGGCCUUUCUCAUCUCAGAACUGUAAAAUCAGCCAGAGGAUAAGGGAUUAAAGGAAUGCUCCAAGCACCUUUACCACCACAGCUGGCUACAUGAAUUAAUUUGUUAGUAAUGGAGCAGAUAAGUGUGUGUACCUGUGAUACACAUAUACAUACAGAUUUGCGUGUGCAUAGGCAUAAGGUUGCCUGAGUAGGACCUGCAAAGAAUGGCGUUGUGGCAGGCUUAUGCAAUGUAUGAUUAUAUGCUGUAACUAAACCUCUAUUAUUUUUGCCUAGGUUAGGUAUUUUUAAAUCAAACUUAUUUGUGUGCUCUGUGAGCUCUGAAAUUGCUGUUUAGUGAAUAUGUGAGUGCGCUGAAUCUUGUAUGCGCUCUCUCUCUCUCUCUCUCUAUAUAUAUAUAUAUACAGUUAUGGGGAAAAAAAGUACACACUCUUUGAAUUCUGUGGUUUUACAUAUUGAGACAUAAUAACAGUCAUCUGUUCUGUUGGCAGGUCUUAAAAUGAGAUAAAUACAACCUCAGAUGAACAACACCAGAAAACAUAUUACACCAUGACACAAUUUAUUUAACAAAAAUAAAGCCACAAUGGACAAGGCAUGUGUGAAAAACUAAGUACACCAUUUGAUUCAUUAGCCUGUAGAAUGACCUUUAGCAGCAAUAACCUGUAAUAAUUUUCUAUAUGACUUUAUCAGUCUCUCACAUCUUGUGGAGGAAUUCUGGCACACUCCUCCUUAAAACGUUGCUUCAGUUCAUUGAGGCUUGCUGGCGUUUAUUUAUGCAGAGCUCUGUUAAGGUCCAAUCACAGCUAUUCAGCUGUAUUUUUUCAGCAAUUCUGUUGUAGAUUUGCUGGUUUACUUGGGCUCAUUGUCCUGUUGCAUGCCCCAAUUUCAGCCAAGCUUGAGCUGUUGGAUUUCUCAUUUGACUCUAGAAUACUUUGGUAUACAGAGAAAUUCAUGGUCGAGUCAAUAAAUGCAAGGUUCCCAGGUCCAGCUGCUGCAAAACAAGCCCAAGUCAUCACCAUCACCAUUCUUGACAGUUGGUGCGUGCUGAUGUGCUGUGUUUAGUAUUCGCCACAUGUGGCACUGUGUAUUAUGGGCCAACAUCUCCACUUUGGUCUUGUCUGUCUAGAGGACAUUUUUUCAGAAGUCUUGUGGUUUGUCGAUGUGGCGGAACCAACCUCGCCACUAUGCACUGGAGAAGCCUGGUUGACCGUCUGCUGCCUUUAAACUAUGGCCCCAUGUUGAAACGCUUGAUUUUCCCCUGCGAAGACACGAAAGCCGGGUCAUUCGGUGCUUGCCCUGUUUGAGCGGUGAUACCCCAGAUAGCUAUGCCAUGGAGCCCAUUUGUAUAAUGAAAGACUGUGGGAAAGACUUUGGCUCCAUGGCAAUUGAACUGUAUGUGUGUGCUCUGAGCUCCAUUCAGUAAUAAUGUGCGCUCAGAUCUGAGCUAUCUGGGGAUAUGUUGAAUGUACCUGUUUUGUGCAAUGGCUGCACAGUUAUAUAUUUUUGUGUUUUAUUGUCUUUUGCUGCCAUGUGUUGGAGUUUUGCCUCAAUGGAGUUUUGCCUAUAUCCUUGGAGAUAAUUGGAUUAUUUCCCAAUUAUCUCCAGGAUAGAAGACUCUGUGGAACUGGUUUUGGGCAGAAAAGCCAUGCUUCAUUAAGUCACAAAGGACUUCGAUCUAUCUUUUGAACCAAUGGAUCAAUUUGGAUGAUUUUGACAUAUGUUUGUAUUUGGAGUAUGCUGAUUCUGAAAAUGUAAGUGAAUGUGAUGCAUACUUUUCAAGUUAUGAAUAAUGUGGAAAAACUGUAUUUCUCUGGCUGUGAUAAUUAUGUUACCCAUUGUGUAAGGUAAUUGUAUCACAGGCAGAGGGGAGGAUUUUGUGUGGGAGUGUCUGAGUGUAUUGUACAUGUUUAUUGGUUGUUUUCCAAAACCCUGUAGGUGGUACUAAUGUGUAAGAAUGUGUACAUAAGAACAAUAAACCCACAGCUCUGCCAGAUUCUGCUUAACACUCAAACGAAGUGUCGUCUCGUUAUUGGGGGAAUUGGAUUGUAUGCUGACUGCCAGGAGUGUAAACCUUUCGUAUCGUUUUUCCUGUUCAGCUGUUUACAGUAUUCGUGAGUUUCCUGCUUGGGAGUUGGAGAAUUCGUGUAGUUUGCAGUUCGGGAGAUUGGUGAUUGCAGUAGCUGUCUCUGCAUCUGAAAGGGGAAUAUCGUCUUUAACCGCUUAUGUGCAAAACGGUCCGUUACAGUCGAUAUGCAACUUUGCAAACUUAAGCCAUGAUGCCAUGUUCUUUUUAGAGAGAAGAGGCUUUCUUCUGUCAACCCUUCAUACGAACCAUACUUGUUCAGUCUUUUUCUAACUGUACUGUCCUGUACUUUAACAUUUAACAUGCUAACUGAGGCCUGUUCCCACCCCCUGCUGUCAAAAGUGGGGAUGAAAUAUUUGAAGCAUCAAAUUGGUGUAGCUAAUUAGAGGAGAAUUUGCCACGCACGACUGCUUGUGGGUUUGCCACAGUGUAUCUAUUGGACAUCGAAGGCGUGUCAUUGGUGUUGAAGUAGUUGUCUAUUUCUGUCAACAUAUUUUUGUAGAAUUGGGUGGUUUAGAGGAGCGAUUCGUUCAGUCGCCGUAGGGGUUUGGUUUUUAAGGCAAAUUUGUCUGAUAUUGUGAGGAUAACUGGAGCGUGGUCCGACUAUUCAAUAUUUCCUAUCUCACAUUCUGUGACUUGCGUUAGGUGUGUGCCUUUGGUGUAGCACUAUCUAUCCUAGUGUUGCAAUUGUGUACUGAGGAGUAAUAUCUGUAUGUUUUUUCUGAAGGGUUUUGUGACCUCCAGAUGUUGUAGAGAUUGUAGGAGUUAAAGAGGGAGGUUAGUUGUCUGGCCAACUUUGAUAGUGUUUUGAGUCUCAUGGGUGCUUUGUCAGAUGUAGAGUCUAGUAUAGGGUCUUGGAUGCAAUUGAAAUUUCCCCUCAAGAUAAGGAAAUCUUGAUGUGGGCUAUCGAUUUUGGCUAGGACCUUGAUUAGGAAGUCUCUCUGGUGAUUGUUUGGGGCAUAUACAUUGGCUAUUGUAUACGUGACGUCGCUGAUCAGGGCUAUGAUUAUUAAAAAGCGUACUUUUGGGUCAGCCACUUUUUUAAUUAAGGAAAAGGUUACUUGGCCGCUAAUAAGUGUUGACACUUCCUUUGAUUUUGUGUCAGAGGUAGCAUGAAAUUGAUAUGGGAAUUGUUUUAUAUCAAAACGGCAUCGGUCAGAUUUACGAAAGUGUGUCUCUUGCAAGCAUACAAUGUCUCCCUGGAGCUGUCUCUAAAGAGAGAGUGUCAUUUUGAAGGUGUAUAUAACCCUUUAUCAGUAUGUGACACUAUACGCAUAAAGUGUUCUAAGUCAGGUGCGAUAAAAAUACCCAUAUAGUUUUACCUCUCCCUCCUCCCCUCUCCCCCCAAUCCACCCACAAAGAAAAAGGAAAAUAGGAAAGAAGAAGGAAAGAUAGAAAAUGAAAUAUAAAGGACAGGUGCCGUAGAAGUGGGCACCUGUGGUUAGCCCGAGGCUAUUCCUCAUGGAAUCAGCCAAUUUCGCCCUCCAGCGAACAAUAGUUGGAUCCGACUGUACUGAGUGUUACACCCAAUUCCCUUUGGGGGUCGAGGUAUACCGUGUGGGUUCUCAGUUCGGCUUGCCACACCCCGUACAGACUCAUCAGUGCACAUAUCAAAAUUUUGUUAGGUCCCAACUCGACAUUGUAUAUACCUCAGCUUAUUUGUAAAAUACAUAGUUUAACAGUUUUUUAAAUUCAUUAUCCUUAUUUAUCUGUCUUUUUGGGGGUUUGGGAUCAGGGGGAGUCUCAGAAUUUUGUGCCUACAGGCGCCUGACCUGUAAAUCUGGUCCUGCUAAAACAUGUAUCAUACACAGCCAGACACACAUCACGCGCAGACAGCUACAACACUUCACCCACCACAACAGAGCCGUUUAGUAAAUAUUCACCUUGUAUAAAAAUGAAAAAUAACAUAGGAAAAUAAUGCACACCCUAAUAAAUAUGCGCUGCGAAUGCCUUUGGAACUACACCAGGAUGGUGGGACAGGACCCUGGAAUCGGGGCUUUUCUGCCAAAAGUGGUACUGUGGGGAGCCAAGAAUGCCUGUGAACCUUUUCUUUGAGCCCUAAAUGCCUGUGAACCAAAUCUGAAAUAUUUUAUACUAACGUCAAAUGCUCUAACUGUAAUGGUCUAAGAGCUUUAGAGCUCAGGUUCCUAUUAUGUUCUAAUACAAUUGAGGUCUCAGGUCAGAAACCCAAUAUAAUGAUGAAUAUACAGAAUUUAAUCCUCACCUUACAGCGCUCACAUAGCUCGUGUUAUGUUCAGUGAGUCAUGUGGUGUCAUAGCAACCUCUGGAGGAAAAAAAGAACAAGCCCUGUAAUAUUGCAAACCUGUUUGUGCUUCUCUCAGCAGCAGGAAAUAAAAUAAAAAUCCACAAGCAGAUUAUCAAAGCCAGGUAAGAAGAAGCUUUUAGUUCCCAAUUUUAUAUUUACUUGGUCUCUCCUAGUCUCUGUGGGUGCUAUUGGUUUCCAGCUUGUUAUUGGUAUAAACAAUUGUAUAAUUAAUUACAGUAUUAUUAAACACUGCAUAUUUCUUACAGUGAAUGCCAUUCCCUGUAACCUCCUUCUGUUUAUCUGUCUUUAUUGGUUUACAAUUAUUUAUCUUCUGUUUAUUUCUCAUUGUAUCUGUUGCUCUGUGCGAAAAUGAAUUGUUCGUAAAUACAAAACUAAUUGGCACAAUCUAGGUCAAUAUAGCCAAACUGGGUAUGUAUGUGAAUUCAUUUGUUUUAACCCCUUAAGGACCAAACUUCUGGAAUAAAAGGGAAUCAUGACAUGUCACACAUGUCAUGUGUCCUUAAGGGGUUAAAGGGACAUUAAAGGCAACCAAACCACUUUCUGUGUGUCAAUUAAGUGGUUUGAGUACAGUGUCCCUUCUGUUUUAACUCAGCAAUAUAAAAACAUUGCCACUUAGUAGGAACAGUAAUUUUUUCAUUGCAAGGUUAAGCACACAUCUAGUGGCUGUCUUCCUGUCAGCCAUCAGAGGCGCUCCCCUGUGAGAACCAAGUUAGACUUGGUUCUCAAUCAAAUGCUGCUCAUAGAGAGACUUUUAUUGGUGCAGUGUGGUGAUUUGCCGUACAUGGAAAAGCAUUGGAUUGGCUGAGAUGAUCAAUUUUGGUGGAACAAAACCAGCACGCACACUUCCUGUUUAUAGUUUGGUAUCUGUCUUAAAUAAGUGUGUUAAGUGUAUAAUAAAUGUGUUUGCUGUGCCCACAAUACUUCUCUAUGAAAACAGGACUAGGUGCCUGUAAGAACAGAAUUCGAACCCAGAGACUGCAAUCCCUUUUACCCCCUGACAGUCUGUACCAGACUGCUACGCUGUGGUCACUAUCUAACUCAUCUAAUGGGACUGCCUAUCCUCAAUUACAGUGGCCUUACUUAAUCUACUGAGCUUACUUUAGUGUCGUUCACUGAUUUUAAAUACCGGUAAAUUCUAAAGUGUAAGGAAUACAAAGCUGAAUUCCUGAAACUAUACUUCCUGCUCCCUUCCCUCUCACUGCCCCACUGGCAUUGAAAGGGUUAAAAAUCCUUUUAUGUACUCACCCAAUUCCAGCGCCAAUCUCCCUUGACAUCAUCCGAUGGGGAGCUAAUGUGCAUGCCUAGCAAUGCGAGUACAUUAGGCCAUCCUCUUAGGAAAACAUUGCUUCAAUGGUUUCCUAUGAGGAUUUUACUGACGCUGGAGGUCCUCAGGCAGAGCGUGAAGACGUCCAGCAUCAGUUAGCCGAUCAAAUGUUUCAUUUUAUUUUAUUUCAAAUAGCCAGAGCAACAGUCAUGAUCCAACCUACAAUUCUUAUAGUUUAUACUCAAACGCACUGUGCACUUUCUUUUUUUUAAAAUUCUUUAUUUUCGUAGUGCAGGUAAUGAGUUACAAGCAUUGCAUGUCAUAAUGUGGAAUAUUAAAUAUAUAAAGUAAAUCAUAGCCACCCAUUGUAAAGCGCUACGUAAUUUGUUGGCGCUAUAAUAAUAAUAGCCAUGUUUAUUAAUAAUAAUAACAGCCAUGUUUCACAAUCCGGUCACAUUAUAGAAAAAAGGAAAAUACCACCAUUUUUUGUUUAAAGUCUUGACUAUCUAUUCUAUGUGUAGGCCAUACGGUGAUGCUAUCUAAGCACGCAUUAUUGAAAUGAGUAAACGCACCAUGAUCUUGAAUGGUAGGUGUAACACACCCUCUACCUGAAACUGACCUGGUAUAGGCAAAUUUAUAUUUAGGGGUUAGGACCUUAGUUGGGUUAUGGUGUUCUGGAUUUAGCAGGGAGGAUUUAGUACCUAUGACUUAAACCAAAAAUAAUUACUUUAAAAAAAACAGAAUUCUGCACACCUCCCACCCCUCCUCCCCCCAAAAAAGAAAAGACAAAUAAAAUUAGCUUAAUUAAUUUAGAGAUUAAUUUAUUUUAAUUUUUUUAUAUAUUAACAUUUGACUGUUGCAUAUAUAGGUAAACGUAUACAUAAGUGAUUCAGACCAUUUACAAAGCACUGAUUUAAAAAAAAAUAAAAAAAAAAUCAGGACCAAGUGCAUCCAGCAGUAUGCACAUUCACAAAUCACUUGUUUUUUGCACGUUAAUUGGCGAAGAAAACCGUAUCUGCUUGUUAUGGCAAUGAAUACAUUUACAGAAGGUAAUAGCUGCAACACAAAUAAAAUUUCAACAGGAAAAUACCAUACAUGUUUUUGUUAGUAAAAAUGGCUAGAUUUUAGUCUGAAUAUGUUGAAGGAAUUGCUGUUGAUGGCAAAAUUUGAGUCUCUAUAGUGUCUCGAUAGUGCUGGAGGAGAGGUGUGUUGUCUCCUGAAAACAGCUCAUAGAAAUGACAGACAAAUAGUGCACAUCAAUCUUUAUUUUCAGAGUGCAAUAUAAUGUAACUUGAGUGGAGCAAAGAAAGCCCAGCACAUAGUCUUCAGGAUGAUGUGUUUUGUUAGGACUAUUGUACCAAACAGAGAGAGGUAGGGUAAAGGGCAGACUCCCAACCUGGGAGAGGACAUGGAAGAGAGAAGAAAGGCAAGGGAAGAGACAGGAAAGGCAGAGAGCAAAGAAUAAGACAGCCCAAGAGACAGGAAAGGGACUACCUACCCCUUCUACAGUCCCAGAGCCCAUUUACUGCUCCCCGGGUGAUCCUCAUCCUGUAAUUCAAGCCAAGAUGACCAAGUGGAGAGAUAACACUCUCAUCUCUGGUAUAGGAAGGCUAUCAUGUCCUUCGUGGUUCUAAUUUCUUCAACCUUUGUUUGUGCAGAUCUUUUUUUUUAGAGAUGGAGAUGGCCUUUGAGAUCUCUGUAUGUGUGCCCUGCCCUUAUUUGUUUUUUCAUAUAUAAACCGUUUUUCACAGUUAAACAGAAUGUGGAAAAAUGAUUGUGUAACAUCUGAGGCAUAGUUAUGGAUACAUUAGUACGUUGUAUACAAAUUAAGUAGAUUACGAACUUUUCUAGCUACUCGUUGCGUCAUUAAUUUUCCAUAUUGAGAUAGUAGCGAAACAAAAAAAUCAAACUUACAGUUAAUCUGUAACACUGUAUUUCAUAUAUUUAUACAAUAACCAUAGUAAUUAAUAAUAGUAACAAUAGCAUCUCUAUGGGAAAGCAUUGGAUUGGCUGAGAUCAGCAAGAUCGAUGGUUUUAUCCACUGGAGGUGGGGUCAACUGCAGCGAGACUUGCAUGGUGUGGGAAAAAAUGUGAGUAAGAACACCUUUCCCAUAUUCCCCACGCUCACUGACAGAUACACACACAUAGUGACAGACACACACUUAGACAAACACACUCAAUAACACACACACUAACAGACACACACACACACUGAUACACACUCACAAAUGAUUAUUUGUUUGUUUUAUUUUAAUUUAAGUCCACCCUGCCAACCUACCAAUAGGAGAGUUGGAGGUGAUCAUUUCCAUUGGGGUCCAGUGGAGAGCUGUUGUAGUCUUGCUUUUCUUGUUGUUCUUCUUGCUCUGUUCACAAAGGAGCCGAGCAACAAAAUUAAAGCUCCCUUCACUCUCCCUCCAUAGCCACCCCAGCCUUCACUUUCCCUCGGCCGGCUGCCCACCUUUACUAUCCUUGGGCUGGCCACCAUGGGGGUUGAAUGGGCUGACAAACACCCAGGUGCCAGGAAAAAAUUCCUAGUUGCCAUAGCGACCUUGGGCCAGGGAUUUGUCAAGCCCUGGAGUACGUGCUGCUCUCUUUUGGUGGGGAGUAGUGUCAGCAAACAUCACUAGCUAUGAAACUGAAGCCUGCUAUAAAUGCUGUCCUCCGUUAAAUAGUUUAUUAUCAUACAUUCAUGUGACUUCGACUGCCGUAAGACAAGAAAAUCAUGAAAACAAAAAUAUACAUGCAACCAGUUUUGUGUUUUGACAACUUUAGCCUUGCAUAGUGAUUGUAACAGCAAAUAUAAAACAUAUAAAGUGUAGACAGUAAUAGUUGUAUGAAAUGUAUUAAAUAUUAUAUAUAUUUUUUUCCCGAUCUAACAGUUGCUCACCUAGAGGGUCUCCAAAGUGAGAAGUUAGUUUACAGAGAUACGCUAAUGUAACCAAGAGUUGUGCAGCUGAGGCUAUGUGUUAUAAGAUUGUGGUACAAUCCCAUAACUUUAAAGUUAAACAAAAUAGAACUAUUCAAAGUUAGAUUAACUAAUAGAUAAUGUGAUUUUGGUGGCUGACACCAAAUUCAGGUCUAUGGAGUUGUAGUUAUGCUAACCUAACUGAACUGAACGUGUAUGCUGAAAGAAGUCUCUCUCGAUGUCAGUUUGAGACGUGGCAGUGGGUCAUGCGAUCUAUUUGGACUGUUUGUGGUUGUGUCUCGUUUUCCAGAUGGUAUCCACUAUAGAUGGAGCCUUUCAGUGGGUAUGGAAGUUCUCUUUCCACUCUGUCAGGGUUUUCUCGCCUUAAGCUGGGGAGUGAAUCUGGUGUAAGGUAUCAUUCACCAGAUCAAUAGCCUCAUAGGAUGGUUGUGGAGAAGUUGGGUAAAUGGAGGAAAUUUCACGGCGUUUAGACACAGUUGCUGCGGAGAGGUCAGAAAACAUGCUGAUGAAAUGAGUGGCUUUGGAAAAGAUCUCAGUUUUCAUGCUAUGGCUAUGUGCGCCUCUUUGCAUGAAAAGUAGUGGAGACACACAAUCACGUCUCUUGGAGUGUCGGCUGGGAUUUUCCAUGGUUUGGCCAACCUAUGGACCCUAUCAAUCAGCCAGUUUAGAUCUUUUAGGCUUGGUAAUGUAGCUUUGAAGUAAGAAAGGAGGUAAGGGUGUAGGUCCUCUCUGGUAACACUUUCUGGAAUCCCUCUAAGCCUGACAUUGUUUCAGCAUCUGCUACUUUUAAUAGGACGUAUAGUUAGCCUCCAUUGCUGGCCUCUGCCCCUCAAGUCCCCACUGCGUGUUGCCCCAUCACCCCAGAGGAAUACCCAGGUGCAGUCACUGUUUGCUGUGGGUGGGCUGCUCUAAUAACUGUUUGUUGUGGGUGGGCUACUCUGGCACUUGCUUAUGGUCGGUGGGUGACUCGACUAACUUAGGCACUGACCGACAGAAAGUCAGGUGCCUGGUUAGUCUUCCCCCCGAAGGGGAGAUAUGUGACGAAGUGCCCUUUGCCACUUGGUCCUGGAGAGGCCUACUUGCCAGCCUCCUCCCCUGUGACUAUGACUCUUUCAUGUAUCUGGCUUUAAAGCCCCUAGUCUACCUUCAGACAGACUAUUUAUGUAGGCUGCUUUAUUUAUCUUAUGUUUUAGUCACCCUGUACCCAUUAUAGGUGCAGGGUGUGUGUAAUGUAAUUGUUUAUAGUGUGUGUGUGUGUACUGUGUAAUGUAUUGCCUGCUCUCUUGUAUUGCUGAGGUUUGCUACCAACUAGGUGGGUUUGGCUAUGGAGCUGGUCUAGUGCUCUCUGUUGGUAGCAACAGCAAUAUGCACUACCUGAAUUGCAAGACUGGUUCAUUUGCAUAUUCGGGUAGAUUUGCAUAUUGCUAAUUCUGCAGGCAGGUGAGAUAUUUACUGUUAAAUAUUGUCUCCCCCCCACCCCUUUAAAAAUGUGCCAUUGUGUUGUGAUAAGUCACUGUGUGUUUCUUGAUAUGGUUUGACUGUUUGUGAUUUUAUUGAGGUUUCACAACAAUGUUAUUGUGGUGACUGUAUUGGCUGGUCCCAAGGGAAUAAAGGUUUUGACAGUUCUUCUUGAUCCCUCUAAACGUAGCCUUGUCUCGUUAUUGGAGGGAGCUGUUAUAAUCACACUGGGGAUUGCUAUGCUCUGCAUGCUCCCCUGAGCUUGAGUCACUUAGCUCUUUUAAGAGCUUGUUCCUGACACGCUCUCCUUGGAGGAGGGGUCUUCACCACACAGUCCUGGAUGCUGGAGGUUCAUACAGGGUGGAAGGGAGAGUUCUUUCCCACACAGUCCUGGAGGACAGAAGCUGAUCCAGGGUGGAAGGAAGACGGCAAGACUCCAGUCAAGAUACGGCGGUUGCGGAGUCUGUUGUGGUUGUGGUGUUUGCUGCAGUGCUUGGAGUCCUCAGGAAGCGCUAGGAGCAUCCAUCAACGGAGGGUACUCAGUCGGAGUACAAGGAGCUCCGUUACACAUUAAUUCUUAUGGAAAAUUUUGAUUCGGUUUUCAAACAACUCGGUCCUCAAACAACCUUCUGGAACGGAUUAAGUUCGAGUUCAGAGUUUCUACUGUAUAUCAAAAAAUAUAGAAUGUACUAAAUGAAAAUAUCCUUCAUGAUAUUAAAUAAUUUUAAAAGUUUAUAAAAAAUAUUAAAUCACCUGGAAAGCUUAUCCAACAAUGUUACAUUGAGGCCUACGUUAAUUCAGUGGAAGUCUGGCUACCUAUAGUGCUGAGUAAACGUGUUUGCCGUUCCACAGCUGAGGAACAGGUUAAUCAAAUUGCCAACCUCUCUCCCUAUUCUUAAUUUUCCCACUUUUUUAGUUUCUCUAUAUUUCUCUUGUUUAUAAUAACUAAAUGACAAGUGUCUUGUGCAAUACUGCAUGUGGCAUUUUUUUGUAAUUGUAAAACCAAUAAAGUUUUUAAUUGGAAAACAAAAUGGGAUCACAUGAAAAAAGGCUGACACAAAUGAUGCAUUAUUUUAUUCAGUGGUGUAAUUUUCAUGUAAGUGAUAAUUACAUUUUAAUUUGUCCAUUCCAUUUUAAAAUUCUAUUUGAAAAAUAUCUAUUUUUGCAGGACUUUGGACCUUGGCUGUGUUUGUUAUCCCUGCACAUCUAUGGAAAGAAAGCAGCUUAAAAAAGAAGUUGAGAAACUACUGUAAGUACAGAUAUAUAUUUAUGUGUGUGUGUGUAUAUAUAUAUAUAUAUAUGUUAUUGUAUUUUUAAAUAUACUCUAAUAGAAUUAUUAAUUAAAUGGGGAAUUCACAGUGAAUAUCUAAUUUAAGUAGUAAAUAGCUGAACUGGAAAAAUCCUUCACUUACGUCCAAAUGUCCUUGUACUGACUGAGACAAAACCAUAGAGCUACGUACAUUCAGACUGGAAAAUCCAUACAUUGUUCAUGCAAUUACAAGUCAUCCCCGCAAGCCACCAUCCAUGGAUGUUGGGUUGGGGAUCUAACUAAUUAAAUAAUGGGGUGGUGUACAUGCUAUUGUCAGCAGAGAACAAAAAGUUCAAAAAUAGGAAUCUCCUAAAGACACUUGAGGGUGCCAGACACCAGUGGUAUACAUAGAGAGUAAUAUAAUUACCAAUCUUGCCGCUGUUAUAUAAAGCAGUGAUGUAUAAAACUCAAUUGCAGGAUAAGGGAGAGAAUGGAAUGUAAAGUUGUAAGAUUUAUUGCACAGAGAAAUGUAAAAAACAUGUAUGUAAAAGAAGACUUACAAGGGGGGACGGGGCCGGACCGCUGAGCCGAGUGGACGAGAAAUAGAGCAGCUCCUGCAUCUGCAACCAAAACAAAGCCAAAACCAGCCAAAAAAGGCACCAAAUCGAAGCAGAAGUGCCACCACCAGUGAGGAGACAUGGUGGGGCACAUGCUGAUACCAAACGUCAAGCCCACUGGGCACAACUCGGCAAAACGAGGCCUGCGGCCUGCAAGCAUGGUGGACGAGGGGGAGGCGGCUGCUUCCCCGCGACCCGCCAUGGAAGCAAACACGACUAAGGGCCCCUGACCAUCAAAUAAGCCUGUUCCUGACACUAGAAAUGAAAGCUGUUUCACAGCAAUAAUACUGAUAACAUACGAUUUGUCAUACUGAUCAGCCACAACAUUAACACCACCUCCUAAUAUCAUGUAGGUUCCCCUCAUGCUGCCAAAACCGCUCUGAUAACUCAAAGCAUGAACUCCACAAGACUUCUUAAUGUGCCCUGUGGUAUCUGGUAAAGACAUUAGCAGCAGAUCCUGCAAGUUGUGAGGUGGGGCUACAUGAAUCGAAUUUGUUGUUUCCGCAUAUCCCACAGAUGCUCAACUGGAUUGAGAUCUGGGGAAGGUGGAGUCCAAGGUAAAACCUUGAACGAUUUGUCAUAUUCCUCAAACCCUUCCUAAACAAGUGUAGCAGGGUGCAUUAUCCUGCUGAAAGAGGCCACUGCCAUCAGGAACACUUUUGCCAGGAAGUAUAUGGUAUAAAAGAUCUGCAACAAUCUCUAGAUAGGUAGUAUGUAUCAAAUUAAAAUCUACAUGAAUGCCAGGACCUAUGGUUUCCCAGCAGAAUAUUGCCUAGAGAAUAACACUGCCUCCGCUGGCCUGCCUUCUUCCCAUAGUGCAUCUUGCUGCCUACACCGUAAACCAAAAUCUGCUGCUAUCUCAAUGCCAUGCUUGCGACUAACAGUGAUAAUGCCGUACUUACCUAAGCUGUCGUGGCAUUAACAGAUGUCUUUAGCUAGUUAGGCAAUGUUUAAUCGUCUCUAUUUACCACUAUGCACGUUGGAAUCAUAGUAUGUUUCUUGUCUUAAGCUUGUCAACCCCAUCGUGACCCAACACAAUAGACAUGCAAAGCUAGCCAGUACUUAGUAUGUUUAUAAACUUAAAAAUGUUCCUAGCCUGUUUUAUCCCAUAAAAUGUGCUGUUUAUCUCUGCCAUGACAAUGUAUGCCAUCGAAAUGCCUGUUACCGCUGUCGUGGCUCUACAGGAUACUGUUAUGUAAGACUUACAAGAAUAUUGGCACAGAUCUGUAAGUGUUCUUUUGUAUACAUGUUUUUUUGUGUUUGUGCAUUAAAAUUUAGAACUUUACAUUUUAUUACAAAACAUAAUGAUUCAUUUCUUGUUAUCCUGUCCAUCUACGAUAUGUGGAAUUAGAAAUGUAAGGACUUUUUCUAUUUCUGUCUAGAAACCCGAAUACAGCAUGACUGUCAGCAUCUAUAUUGUAACUUUUGUUUAUAAAAUUUGUUUAUAAAAUUUAGUUAGUCUCACAAAAUUUUGUGUGUGAGAUACCCAAAUGUAGCAGCAUACACAACAGGUCAGUUUUAGUAAUAGAAAUGCAUUGAUCCAAAAACUGCUGAAAAUAGCUUUGCAUUUUAUUAAAAAGCAAACCAAAACACAAUAUAUAGUGUGUUCUGUGUAAGAAAUAGAUUGGUAUAUGUGGAUUGGGGGAAAUGUGAAACUAUUAUGGAUUUUAACUGAUGAUAAUGGUGUCAAAGGAACACUAGGGAAAUCAAAAAUGGAUAAAUGGGUUAGAUUAUUGGGUCCCCCUAUUUUUUGAUUUAUUUAUUUUUUUAAUAAAGGAAAAAAUGAAAGGCACACUUUUAAACUUAACUCUUAUCUCUUUCCCAUUUUUGCAGACCAACAUGCCUCUGAUAAAGUCAUCAGUUCUGAAUGUUGUCCAGUCCAAUGCUUAUUAAAGAGAAGCUAUGCUCUCACUAGCAAGCUUUUCAUAAUGCAGAAUUAAACUGAUGAUGUCAAACAUCUGACAGUCACUAGAGGCAUGUUCUCUGAUAAAUAUAAACAUUGCCAUUUCUCAGGAAAAGUAAUUUUUUUACACUGUUGGUGUAAACAAGCGGCACUUAUUUACUUGCCUAGUAAUAAUCUGACCGCUGUCUGUUAUCUAGCAUGGUGCCAAAAAGAUUGGCAAAAAAUACAAAUGCAAAAAUGUGUCAGAUCAUACAACCUGUCUUUGAACAGGCUCACAAUGUAUACCUUGGACACACAUAAUGCAUAGAAGGAAUGUAUUUUGGCCAUGAACGCAACCUAUUUGCUGUCACAUUUACAGUACUGAUAUGAAUAUAUUAUGCUUAUUGGUCUAUCAAAAAAACCAGAGGAAAUAUAAUUUUAAUCUAUAUAUUUUUUUUAAAUUUAUUUUAUUUUUAUUUUGCUUUUACAAAUAAAACUUCUUACAGUGUGAACAUUUGAUAGAUGAAAUCAUGAACAAUCUGACUUAUACAUCGUGAAGAAUCAUAUGCAUGUAGUGUACAUUUGUCAUGAGUAACCAUACAUGUUUGUGUUCGUGUGUUGUACUUGUUUCCCGUGCCUCUCCCCCUCCUAUUGUCUGUGUGUGUGUGUUUUUCCUCCCUCGUGAGCCUUAAUUAUUUAGUUUUUAGGAAGGACUUCCACGGUUCCCAAGUGGCCAAGUAUUGGCGUGAUUUACCCAGUGUGAACAUUCUCAGUUCUUCCAUCCUGUGUAUAUUAUCUAUUUUCAUGUACCAUUCCCUUCUAGAUGGUCUUUUGUUUGUUGACCCGCUACCACAGAUUUCGCAGCAGUUAGUAAGUAAUACAGAAGUGAGCUUUUGCAUUUGUUCAAGGAUAUAGGAAUAUUAAGAAAUAAGAGUGUUUCAGGGGUAAAGGAUAGGGGGAUACAACUGAGUUUUUCUGUGACCCAUCGCCACUUCCCUCCAGUAUCCCUCUAUCUGCUUGCACGUCCACCAUAUGUGUUGGUAGGUGCCUUGUUCCUUUUCGCAUCUCCAACAUAUCGGAGAGUUGUUCUCGUUGAAUUUGUUAGCAUCUAUGGGUGUGAUAUACCAUUGCGUGAGAAACGUAUAAUUAAUUUCCUGCAACAUUAUGCUAGAAUUAUGAUUUCAUCAUUUUGGUGAAAAUUUGGGGCCAGACCUUUUCUUCUGUCUGAGUCGAGAACCAUUUUUGGUUCUUUAUAGUGUACCAGGGGAGAGAGUGGUUAGUACUUUCUUGUAUCAUUUGGUAACAUGUGGUUACUAUUUUAUUUUUUGGUGGGAGGGAGCAUCUCUUCUCGAACUGCAUUUCCUCCCAGGGUUCCAUUGUAAAAGCCCUUCCUUGCUCAAGAAAUGUUUUAGUUGGUAGUAUUGAAAAGUUUGUGUCAGUGUUGGGUGAUUGGCGCCUGUUAAGAUCCUUUAGAGGUAUGAUUCAGUUUUCAGUGAUUAUUUCCCUUAAUGUUACAAUGUUGGCUCUCGACUUGGUAAGAUCAGUGCUUUGCAUUAUACCACCCCUGCUCGUUAGGAAUAGGGGGUUGUGUGAUAUGGGAUAGUUAGGCAAAGGGGUUGGUGUAAACUCCGUGUGUAGGUGUAUUUUUUUUCCAAGUUUCAAGAGUAGUGGAGAUUGUGGGGAGAUCAUGUGGUAUUCUGCCUCCGCUGGUGGAUAGGGUCCAGGGGAGUGCUUUUAGGGGUGUUUGUGUUUGUGAUUGUUCUAUUUCGACCCAUGCUUUUUUGACUCCUUCUCUGGACCACUCUAAUAUCCUUCCCAAGUAUAUUGCUCUGUGGUAGUUUUGGAUGUUUGGACAACCCAGUCCUCCUUUCUCCUUGGGUUUAGUCAGUAAGUUGAGGGCUAUCCGAGGACGUUUCUUUGCCCAAAUGAAAGAUGUAAGCAUUGACUGGAUCAUGCGGAAGAAACUAUUCAGAAUGUGUAUUGGGAUUGCAUUUAAGAGAUACAGGAUACGUGGAAGGUAAUCUAUAUAUUUCUAACAAUUUGGUUAUCACAGCAUAUUUAUCUUUAAGGUGUAAAUCAAGUAAUAAGUGAGUGUCAGGUCCACUUCAAUAUUUCUGUGUCAAUUUCUUUUUAUUUUUACCAGUAGAAUUAUUUCUUUUUGAAGGGGUGACUAUGUUGGAACUACUCUUCGAGAAAAGGAGUUUGAUCCAAAGGGGCGAAAAGAAUCCACAUUGCUGGAUGAAAUGGUAUGUAGACUCAUUAUCUUAGUUCCUGACACUAGAAAUGAAAGCUGUUUCACAGCAAUAAUACUGAUAACAUACGAUUUGUCAUACUGAUCAGCCACAACAUUAACACCACCUCCUAAUAUCAUGUAGGUUCCCCUCAUGCUGCCAAAACCGCUCUGAUAACUCAAAGCAUGAACUCCACAAGACUUCUUAAUGUGCCCUGUGGUAUCUGGUAAAGACAUUAGCAGCAGAUCCUGCAAGUUGUGAGGUGGGGCUACAUGAAUCGAAUUUGUUGUUUCCGCAUAUCCCACAGAUGCUCAACUGGAUUGAGAUCUGGGGAAGGUGGAGUCCAAGGUAAAACCUUGAACGAUUUGUCAUAUUCCUCAAACCCUUCCUAAACAAGUGUAGCAGGGUGCAUUAUCCUGCUGAAAGAGGCCACUGCCAUCAGGAACACUUUUGCCAGGAAGUAUAUGGUAUAAAAGAUCUGCAACAAUCUCUAGAUAGGUAGUAUGUAUCAAAUUAAAAUCUACAUGAAUGCCAGGACCUAUGGUUUCCCAGCAGAAUAUUGCCUAGAGAAUAACACUGCCUCCGCUGGCCUGCCUUCUUCCCAUAGUGCAUCUUGCUGCCAUCUUUUCCCCAGGCUAACGGCAAACAUGAACCCUGAUCUAAAACAAAACACGAUUCCUCAGACCAGGAAUUCUUCCAUUGCUCAAUGGUCCAGUUCUAAUGCUCACGUCCCCACUGAAGGUGCUUAAUGUGAUCACAAAUCUUUGCCCAUAGUGCCUCCCGCUUGCAUCAUAACAUUUAUCUGAAACAAGAGAUGCAUAAUGAACACACAGGUAAAUAAUAAAAAAAAGUUCAUAUAUGUAGGGGCAUCCACUUCUAUACAGCAUGUAUAUCAAGAAAAUAUGGUGCAAAAGGUUGCAGACCACUCCUCUUGGUGGUACCAUCAAAGAUACUAUAGAAAAAGUCAACCGCACAUCUAAUAGCCAAUGUAUAAAAAAAUAAGCUUUAUUUGAUGACACAAAAAUAAAAAUAAGUAAAGAUUGAAACAUGAUUCAUAUAUAUGUAACAGGAUCUUCCUCUCUAGGCACCCUAUACCUGGGGUCCUUCACCCCGGUUAACUCAUUGUGCUUGGUAGGCCGAUCUUGAGCCUCCACCAAUUGGGGGAUGGGGUACCCACUUACGGCAGCGCCUCCAACCAGGUGGGCAUCCAGAGUGUGGAUGUGGGGUUCUGCUGGGAACAAGGUUAUAUCGACAAGAACUGACACAGGGUUAUCUGUUUAAAGAAUUCUGUAUUGCACAGCAGAAUUUAACACAGCAUGUGACAGACACCAAUAGAAUAUAAUACAAUUAAAAUGGGGUCAUAAUGGAGUACCUCACAUAUAUGCCCACCCACAGUAACACUGCGCCCUCCUUCUCCCUUCCUUAGGCCUUCACCCUAGUGGCCGUUGGGUAUCAGCUGUUGGCGCACGUAGUUGGGGCCCAGUAAGCUGAUGGGUCUGGAAAACUGUAGAGGGCUUCCACUAAUCAGUAAGAAUAGGGGUCCAGUCUCUCAACCGUGCAGCCCAAAGUCAGGGUGCCCUGCUGUGUACACAGGGAGAGUAAUCAGGGCCAGUCAGAAGGGGAAACACUGCUUCUUUCUGCUUCUGGGAUUUUCUAAGAUCUUGAUAAAGACCCUAUUUGGUUGAAACGUUGAUGUUGUGAUUUAUUAACACUGGAUUAAAACACUUUUUUUUGAAAAUCCAAUGGAGUGCUCCUGAUUAAUCCUAUAUAUCUACUGGCUUGGAGGCACCCAGGUAAUUUCACUAUUUUUUUAUUUAAAGGAAGAGUGCCAGAGUUUGUCCAUUUAUUUAUUUAUUUAUUUAUAUAUAUAUAUAUAUAUAUAUAUAUAUACACACACACACAUACAAUAGACAAGGCAUAGGAAAAUGCUGUAUAAGAGAUACUUCACCUAGUUAUCGUGACCAGAAGGCCCUACAUCAUCUAACAUUUUGGUACAAAAAUGCCUUUGUUGUAUUUUUUUUUAUACAUUGAAUAUUAGGUGUGCAAUUGACUUAUUCUAAAGUAAAUAAUAGAACAAGAAUUUUGUGUAUAGAUUGCUUUUCAGACAAUUCAAGUUAUGUAACUUUACAAAAUUUUUGUUUUCCAUUUAUGCAUUCAUCCUUUUAUAGACGUUUUGGGAAUGAAAACCUUUACACAGUAUACCGUGUCCUUUAUCUUGAAAAUAUUUCACAUAUGGUUUGAAAUGUUGGUAUAAAAGUAAAAAUAUAAAUUUUCCCAAAUAUAGUAAGCAUGACAAAAAAAAAUAUAUUCAAAGAGCCUGCUUAUAGGUAUUUGUCGGGACUAGUGAUGUCCCGAACGGUUCGGCGAACGGUUCGCCGCGGACUCAUCAUUGAGUAAAGGUGGGAGGUUCUGGGAGAGAGGGUCUGCUGCUGAUUGGCUGACUUGUGUCUGCUGACUGUGAGGUACAGGGUCAAAGUUUACUCAAUGAUGAGUCCGUGGCGAACCGUUUGGUGAACCGUUCGGGACCUCAAAAAAAACAGAAAACAAGUGUUGCGCUUUAAAUUAUACUUGACAUCCAAUUGUCAAAAAGGAUUCUGUAAAAAAUUAACAAACACAAUCUAAUGCAGAUUAUCCUUAUUAAAAUAUUAAAUUAUUGAUAUAUGCAUAUUUGGGUUACGCUCACAUUUACCAAAGCCCUACUAACUCUGGCUCUGGAUGAGAAAAACUACACUUGAGAGAGAAUAACUCCAACAAUGCUCAUACCAGAAGACCUUUAUUCCAAAAAGGACAAUCGUUAUGAAUAAUAGCUGCAGGGAUGACAGAACCAGGAAACCCCAAUGGCACAGCAUAACAUUAAUUUUAUUGCAAGAAACAAAUGAAAACUGCUUACACAAAGCAAUGGUGGGUAUACCAUACAGUAAUCCCACAAACGAACAGAAUGCGGCAUAAAAAGCAGACUUGCAUGCAAUACUUUCGGGUUUCACCAGGUGCCGUUUACAAGCUCCACCUCCCAGUGACGGAUCCAGUGAUGCGUUUCGCCCGCCUCUAUUCCUCCGGGCUUCGUCAGAACUUAAGUACAUAACUAGCAUUACAGCUUACUAAUGACAUCAAAAGAAUAUAAAAAUAACUAUAAUUCUAAAACAAAGGCAUUUAAAGAGUACUAAAACAAUCUUUAUCAUUUUCCGGAAUGCUAAUGUAAAGCUAAAAGGGAGAGCUCAUUCACUCCUCCUGCCUACCUGACUGUAGGAAUGGUGUAACAUAUUGAAAUUGUAUUUGUUGUUUGGAGGGGUAAGUUGGCAUAUUCAGCACACUUGCAGAUGUUAAAUGAGUAGCCGGUGGCUCCUGGCACAGAAAUCCAUUCCUUUACAGGUUGGUUAUCAUUCCUAGAAUUAAAAUGAGGAUGAGUAAAGCUUUAUGGUCUUAAUUUCAUUUUGCUAAGUAAAUGAAAGCUAAACCGUUUAUACGUGAUUUUGGGAGUGAAGGGGUUAAGGAUAUGUUCAUUGGUACAUAGCAAUGAUCAUUUUUCUGCUAGCAGUGUUUUAGAUGUUUUUUCAGUUUAACUGUUUCACCUAUAUUUUAUUGCGAAAUAACCCUGCGUGAGUGACAGAAGAGUAAACAACAUAUUGGGCUUAGAUUAUUACAUUUCAUGAUGUUUAUGGGGAUGUUUAAUGGUUUUAAACAACAUUAUACUUCUACUACUUCUUCAAGUUAAGUUGUAAUUCUGUUUUUGUAUUUUAGGCUCAUUAUGACCUAGCUAUUGGUGUUGCAUUACAGUGGCUUAGCGCAUCUGAUGAGCUGAAAAAAGGAAAUAUGUAAGUGUACAUUACAUGUUUGCUAUAUCAGUUUCUAUUUUUUGCUACUUAAUAUGCCACAACUCUUUGCUAGUAAACAAACUCCUUAAUCUCUUUUCUUAAAUGUAUUAGAGUAUAUCCAUUAAACAGUGAGUUGACAUCGGUUUUGCAAUUUUCUUUUGGCAAAAAAUGAUUUUUUUUUCAAAUAUUGUAAUGAAUUUGUCACAUGCUUUAUUCAGACCAAAUCAUCCUAUAUCAUCAACCUUCCGCUGACUCAGAAUAAUGCAUUUUUUUAUUUUAUUGAUAAUUAGUCAGACAGAUUUUAUUAUAUUAUGGAGAUCAUGAACUCAUUAUGACUAAUAAUACUCCCAAGCUUUCUCGGUUAGAGGAGAAUGCUCCCUUAUCAGUCUGUAGCUAUAGAGCCCUAGCUUCCUCUACCGCAGAGGUCAUGUGCUAUUUUAGACAUACAGGGGGGAUUAUCAAAGCAGAAACAGAUGUCUUAUGGAUGCAAAAGGCUAAAUAAUAAACAACCACCACAGAAAACUAUAGAAUAUCUCUUAACAUUUAAUGUAUUGCAUCCAGCUUCACACCUGUUUUGACAAAUCAUCCUCAUAAUUUUUAAACAACUUAAAGCUGAUAAUUGCCUGACAUGCUCCAUUCCUCAACCCCGUGGUAUCCCUGUCCUGCAUACACACAUACCAAUUUGUGUUCCUUAACUAAAUUGUACCACUCUUUACCUAAAUGAUCAUAACCUAAUUUAUUAGACAGGGUUAGGCACAAUUUAGCAGAGUUAAGAUGUUGAUGUUGUGGGUUACAUCCCCCAUAAUGCUCUUACAGCUAUAAUGCUGGCAAAGCAUCAAGGGAUAAGUAGUCAACCACACCUGCAGUGCCAAAGGUUGCCUACCCCUGCUAUAUAGUAUAAAUUGCACGGUAACAUUAAAUCGGCAUCCUGUACCUAGAUUAUAUUAGAAAUGCUAAGACAAUAUUUUAUUUUCUGGAUUAAAAUUUACACUACAGUGAGAGAAAAAAGUAUUUGCUUCUCUGCUGAUUUUGAACGUUUGCCCACUAUCAAAGAAAUGAUCAGUCUAUAAUUUUAAUGGUAGGUGUAUUUUAACAGUAAGAGACAGAAUAACAAACAAAUCUAGAAAAACGCAUGUCAAAAAAGUUAAAUUGAUUUGCAUGUCAGUGAGUGAAAUAAGUAUUUGACCCCUUUGACUUAGUCCUUGGUGGCAAAACACUUGUUGGCAAUCACAGAGGUCAGACAUUUCUUGUAGUUGGUCACCAGGUUUGCACACAUCUCAGGAGGGAUUUUGUCCCACUCCUCUUUGCAGAUCCUCUCCAAGUCAUUAAGGUUUCAAGGCUGACAUUUGGCAACUCGAAACUCCACAGAUUUUCUAUGAGGUUAAGGUCUGGAGACUAGCUAGGCCACUCCAGGACCUUAAUGUGCUUCUUCUUGAGCCACUCCUUUUUUGCCUUGGCUAUGUGUUUUGGGUCAUUGUCAUGCUGGAAUACCCAACCGUGAUCCAUUUUCAAUGCCCUGGCUGAAGGAAGGUGGUUCUCACACAUCAUCCCUUUGAUGUGAUGCAGUUGUCCAGUCCCCUUACCAGAAAAACACCUCCAAAGCAUAUUGUUUCCACCUCCAUGUUUGAUGGUGGGGAUGGUGUUCUUGGGGUCAUAGUGUCACGUAUUCAUCCGCUUAUAAAAAUGUGGUUAAUGACAUUUACUGUCCACACAGGAAAAGUUGUGCCGAGCAGCAACCUAAUCCACAGAAGGGUUAAUGCUGAGCAGCAAUUAUGCAAAUUAAACCUGGUAACUGACUUUGGGGUCAAAGGCCGGUUACAGCCUAUCAGAUCUAGAGGAGGGGUAUUUAGGCCCAGUUCUCAUCAUGCUCAGUGCCCUGUCGUGGUUUCCCUUGUGGUUGUCCGAGGGCGCGUUCCUGUUUAUAGUUUUCUACCGGUUUUUGACUUUGGCUUUGUUUAUUGACUUCUCUAUAUUCUGAUAUCCUGACUUCUGGCUUUCCUCAUCGCUGCGUCCCUUUCUGUGUUCCCUGACCUCGGCUAGUAUUUUUGACUAAUCUAUGUACGUUAAAUCCGGCCAUUCUAAGGACCGGUAAUAUGUUACUUAUUUGUCAUCCGUGCUAUACAGUUCUACGUGCUGGAUCAAACAGUAAUCCUGACACAUAGACAGCAUUCCUUCUCCUACAAACACAGCGAGUUGAGUUGAUGCCAAAGAGCUUGAUUUUGGUCUCAUCUGAUGACAACACUUACACUCAGUGCUCCUCUAAAUCAUUCAGAUGUUCAUUGGCAAACUUCAGUCGGGCCUCUACAUAUGCUUUCUUGAGCAGGGGGAUUUUGCAGGUGCUGCAGGAUUUCAGUCCUUCACGGCGUACUGUGUUACCAAUUGUUUUCUUGGUGACUAUUGUCCCAGCUGCCUUGAGACAAGAUCUUCCCAUGUAGUUCUGGGCUGAUUCCUCACCGUUCUCAUGAUCAUUGAAACUCCACGGGGUGAGAUCUUGCAUGAAGCACCAGACCGAGGGAGACUGACUGUUAUUUUUUUUUUUCCAUUUGAGAAUAAUCGCACCAACUGUUGUCACCUUCUCACCAUGCUGCUUGGUGAUGGUCUUGUAGCCCAUUCUAGCCUUGUGUAGGUCUACAAUCUUGUUCCUGACAACUUUGGACAGCUCUUUGGUCAUGGUGGAGAGUUUGGAAUCUAAUUGAUUGCUUCUGUGGACAGGUCUUUUCUACAGGUAACAAAUUGAGAUUAGGAGCACUCCCUUUAAGAGAGUGCUCCUAAUCGCAGCUCGUUACCUGUAUAAAAGACACCUGUGAGACAAAAAUCUUGCUGAUUGAUAGGGAAUCAAACACUUAUUUCACUCAUUGACAUGCAAAUCAAUGUAUAACUUUUUUGACAUGCAUUUUUAUUUUUAUUACCAAUAAAAUUCUAAACUGAUAAUUUCUUUGUCAGCGGGCAUAAGUUCAAAAUCAGCAGGGGAUCAAAUACUUUUUCCCUUCACUGUAUUUUUCUAGAAAUCGCAGGAUGCAAAAUUACGUAAUUAAUUUUGUGUUAACUUUGCAGAAAGUUGCAUCUGAACCAACACAAAUACCCCAAUAGGAUGGAAAGGGAAGCUAUGAUUUUAUCUACUUUUGCAGGAACAGUAAUGGUAAGAAUCCAAUAAAUUAUUAUAUAUAUAUUAUCAAAAGUUAACCCGUGGCAAAUGGCAAUUACAAGAUGUCAAGGAAUUCUAUCAUACUGUGAGAAAACAAUUAAUAAUGCUUUGGUGCAACAGGCAUCCAUUUUCUCUUGAUGUUGCAUUGAUUUUAGGUGGGUAUUCUAUGGACCCGUAUGAAACUGAUGGACUUUUCACCACUGGUAUUAAACAGUGACUGGCCUAUCUGCAUUAUGGUGUGUUCAUAAUAAUUAUAUAGUUACAGUUGUAUAAACUACAUGUCAUUUCUCCAUUAUGGUCCAAUUCAAACCAGGAACAGUAAGUCAGUGAAUUGUUAUUAAGUGUUCUUGCAUAGCAAGACCACUUAAUGUUAUCUCACAUAUAUAUUAUUAUUAUUAUUAUUAUUAUUAUUAUUAUAGCAAAAUUUGCCACCCUAACUCCUCCCACAGUUUUUACACUACAUAGACAAAAAUUUACCAAAACGUGCAGAUUGUUCCCGAUCGGAUUGCUAUUACUUUGUGGAACGUUUCGCCGAAUGGUUCACGGAAUAUCGUCGUUCUUGUGGCGAAAUUUGUCCCAUAGGAAUGAAUGGCAAAGCUAGAGUGGGAGCUGGCAAAAGCUGAAAAAUCAGGACAUGAUUUCUAAACUGCCACCACUCCCUUAUUUUCAGGCCCACCUACACAAAUCUUAUAUCAAAACGUUCAGCUAUCCCUGCUGCCACUAAACAUGUCAACGGCUAAGCCAUAGUCCUGAUAGUUUUCACAAUAUAAUCAUUUGUUUGCAACUAACGCCGUCCAUUGACAUUCAUUGAAACUUCACUCUACAAAGCUCAAAUUUGAAGUGCAAUUUCUAAACUGCGACUGUGCCUUCAAUUUUAAUACUUCAGAGACAUACUAUGCAUCAAAAUGUAGGUCUGGGUCUUGUGAUUCUCACAAUAUAAAGCUCUUCACUGUAGGAGUUAUAGUUUUUAAAAUACGACCGUUUGAAGAUGGCAACCACCAAAAUACUCUGACCUGUCAAGGCUGCAGCAGCAAGUGAUGUCAUAAACAGGGCCUUUUGAACACCUGCUAAUGUUUUUAUAAAUGUAUGGUUUAAUGUAACUGUGCAACAACGUUGCAAUUGAAUGUGCUAUAUAAUUGAUAACAGUUACUCCGCCCACUCCAGUUGUAGACUACUGGUCGAGGCAAGAACACUUCACACAAUUUCCCCAGAAAUUGUAGCUUUUCUAGUUAUAGAUGUUGUUUAAACAUGUGCAUUGUGGACAAACAUAUAUCUAUGCAUAAUUUUAUUUGAUUAUUAUGAUUAGAAGCUAUCCAUAUCAUACAUUUACAACAGAAUCAUCUACCAGUGGAAGAUGUGUUUGAAAUUUAUGGGAACAAACAUUCAGCAACACAGCUUCAGAAUUCAACCAAGGUAAGAUUUUAUUUUAAUGAAAUAUUAAAUUAACGGAGAAUGUUCGUCUUGAAAGUUGUUCAACAAUUUACUUGGACCCAAUUCAUGUAAACGACGGGCCUGCAACAAGCCGGUUUCACCCCCCUCCCCGAGUCCACAGUCCAAGUUCUUGUGGUCCAUUGUGACUAGACAAGUGAGUGGGUACGUACAUGUGGGUGACACUCAGUGACAGCGGUUCAUCACACAAUCAGUAAUGAAUGCUGCCACUAGGCUUAUUUUCCUGCAACACUAACAGUUUUCCCCUUUGCCAGUCCUUACAUUGGCUUCCUGUACCCUUCAGGAUACAAUUCUGACUACGGACACUAAGUUGCAAAGCUUUUUAACAAUUCCACUCAUUACAUUUCUGCUUUUAAAUACGCCCCUUCUCUUGACCAUUGCAUGUUCCUACAUUUACAGCAUUUCUCUGCAUCAUUUCUAUGAGAUGCCUUACCUCAUCCUUGUAGACUUUCCCAUAGUUUCCAUUCCUUCAAGAUGUUACUGAAAACCCCAACUCUUUCGAAAACCCUGUCGUCUCUCUGGAUGGCUCUUCUUUCAUUACUGUAUUCAAAUAUUCCUCCCAUACGUUCACCCUUCACUAGUUUCCAUAGUCCACUUCCAUCUCCCUUUACUCUCUGGUGCUUCUGCACACCACUCUUAUAAACUUAAUUAGAGACAGGCAUAAUCGCUUUCUACUACCCCUCCCACCCUCAACAUGUUGUUUUUCCCCUUCUGUUCCUUUUCUCCUUCUUCCUAUAUUGUAAGUGUGUUUGAGAAGGGCAUUUUUCAGCUCUUUGUCAACAUUAGUUAUAUAUGUCAUGUAUCUAUGGUAUAACUGUAAAGUGCUGAAGACAGUGUUAGCACUAUAUGAAUGAUAAUAAUAAUAAUAUAUUGUUAUUAAUAGUACAGUGUACAUUUAAGUUCUCAGAUUUCAGUUACAUUUAAAAACAAUGAUGCCUCAAUGUGGGAGGUGAGUGAAUGUGACCGUACCUUAUUGUUUUAUUUACUUUGUUCCAAACUUAAUUUAACAAAGUGGUUUCCAAUUAAAAAUAUUGUUUUAGAAAAGGAAGACUUGAACCAUAAAAGGGUAGGCCAUACCCAGAUCAAGGAUUUCUUGACAAUUUUGUGCUUUGUCCUUGAAUGUAACAAACUUCCUCUAUUUACCCUCUGUGAGCACUAAAAUACAAUUGAAUAAAACCACUGAUCUAUGUUCAAGGAAGAAGCAUUAAACAAAAUGAAGUAUUGUAGGUUAAUUUUUAUUUCAAAGCUGUUAUUUAGGUUUUAUCAACACCUUGGUCUAAUAAGAUUCUCUGACACGUCUGAAAGAGCCAACUCUGGCAUUUAUAGAUCCCCAGUCGGUGUAUCUCCUGUACUCCCCAGGUCUCAGGUAGUACUGGCGUCCCCUGUAAUUUGGAAGCUCGUAGAAGAUCCAGUGACCAUCAAACACAUUGCAGGAGUAGAUGUCAUGAUAAUUAAAGCGCUCAUGGACAGAUGUGCAAUCAUCGACAAACUCCAUGCUUUCGCCUCUGAAGUCUUCUCUUUCAUAGAUUUUUAUUCUGUAGGAGCCACGUUGCUACAAUAAAAAACAAACAAACAAACAUAUAUUAACUGUUACUAUGGUUUAAAAUAAUCAUCAGGGACUGGUACCUAAACGUCUCAGUGAGUGUCCAAAAAUCUAAAUCUAAAUUAUAAUAUCAAUUAGGGAUCAUAUUAUAUAAGUAUAAUAUUAAGUGUUAUUUAGUUUAAAUUAUGUUAUACGUAAUUAUGGAAGCCUAAAAUUCUUUUUAUGUGAAGGUAAUUAUUAUGUAAAAAUGUAAAAAUUAAUUUUGCAUAGUUAAAGGAUUUCCCUUAAAGCAGAACUGGCUCUUCUCUUAAAUUUAGCCCCAUUAUAUAAAAAAACUGAAAAAAUAAAUACUAUAAUGUAUAUUAACAUUUUUUGUGAGAUGCUCCAUAAUCUUUUAACUUUUCAUUAAAGAUUUAAGAAAUUACAUCAUAAACCAGUUCACACAAGGCAAAGCCAGGACAAACAUUGCAAAUUAAUAAGUGAAAUAGAAAUAUUUUAUUUCUCUCCUUCUCUCUAUGCUGACUGCCAGCUGUGAAGGACAGCGUUUAUAACAGUGAUUCACAGGGAGCUAAAGUGUAGAUUAACAAGGUGUGGAUUUCUACAUGUAAUUCCUCAUCCCUCACAAAUACAUAUUUGUUAAAUAUAGGGGAUAAGUAAAAAUAAUAUUAAACAUUCUGGAAAGUGACAGUUAUCCUUUAAAUAUGUGUUCCUCUUAAAUAAUGUAGUAAUGUAAUGUAAAUCACAACUGUUUGAUAAUAAUUAGACAAAUAUUAUUAGAAAAUAUAUUUAGGAAAAAAUAAAUAAAUAUAUGUUUAGAAAAGGAUACCUGAGGAAUGAUACGGCAGGAUCUAAUGGAGUCAUUGAAUCCUAGCCAUUGCUGGAAGUCAGGGUACUCUCCCCUCCUUAGGAAGUACUGGUGGCCAGAGUAGUUAGGGUUUUCAUACAGCAUCCAGUUUCCAUUCUCCACUCGAAUGGAGUUGCAGCGGUUGAAGUAUGAGUGAAGAUCAGAACAGUCAGAGCUGCACUCAUAGGAGCGGCCUUGGAAGUUUCUGUCCUCGUAGAAGAUGAUCUGAAUAUCGAAAGCAAAAAAAAUAUAUAUAUAUAUAUUAAGAAUAAAUUGUUCUUUUAAAGCAUUUUGUUUCUUAGCAUAUAUGUUUUUGACAAUCUUUGAACCCUUUCUGUUUUUGUAUGCAUUUUAUCUUUCUGCCAAUGUAGCUAAGUCUCUUUUGAUAUGCAGUAGCCCAAAGUAACUUAAUGUAUACAGUUAUACAUAAUACAUAUUUUCUAGGAUUUUAAAUACAAUCUAAUUUAGGAUUUUUGACAUUUAAGUUUUGUUAGGUUUUCAAUUAUUUGAAUAAUUUCACCAACGGCUAUUUGUACUGAAGAAGUCAAAAAAGUAUCUACUCUCCCUUUGCUCCCCUUAUUUCACCUCUCCUUUUAAAGGGACACUAAAGACACCCAGAUCACUUCAUCUUAAUGAAGUGGUCUGGUUGCCAUGUCCCUGUUGAACCUGCAACUGGAAACAUUGUUGUUCUGCAGGAAUGGCAAUGUUUACAUUGCUGAGUUAACAUGCUUCUAGUGUCUAGCUUCCACCGCAUAAGUGGAGUUAAACUCAGGUAUUCAAUCAGAUGCUCUCAUAUAGAUCAUUUGAUUGGCUCAGUGUGGCGUUUUGCUGUGCAUCCCCAUUAGCCUCCCAAUGUUUUCCUCUGGAGCAGGAUUAUGGAGACAGUCAAUGUGAGGGCAGAAAUGUAAGUAAUACUUGCCUUUUAAUCGCUCACAAGGGGUGGUACCUAAAUAGAUAUUAGGACAUGAUAGCAUUAGGAAUACAUGUUUGUAUUCCUAACGCUAUAGUGUUCCUUUGAUCCAACAUUGCUGUUCAACUAUAUCAGUGUAGAGAGAGUGAGAGGGCUAAGAAAAAUGUAGGUUUUGGAUAUAAUACAUUUCUGCUUUACUUUGAAACAAUAAAUAAAAUCACAGAUUUUCCUACAUAAUUGCUAUUUAAUAAAGUAUGAACGGUAAUGUGCAAAUAUUUCUAUAUGAAAAGAAAUGUUUGGGAAAACAGUUUUGAUUUAUACUUUAUAUUUUUUUGCUGUGACUUACACCUGUACCUAGAAAAUGCAUGGAAUCACAACUGCAAGAGGAAGUCACUUCUCCCCAUACUUAUACAAAGUAAUUCAAGCUUUAGUUUACUUAUAAAUUCCCAUUAUAACGACUAUUGUUUCAAUCUUUAGAUCUUUUAGGUCAUGUACAGUUAUGCAUGGUACACGCCAACGUGUUUAGUCCAGCAUUCAUUGUACGUUAUUGGUUAUUUGAUUGAAUCAGGCCAUAGUCGACACUUAUAAAUCAACAUUUUUUAAUUACACAUAUGUCGAGUACUAAAUGUAUAUCAGUCUAUUUAUUGCUCUCUCUCUCUCUCUUUCACUUUGUCUCUUUCUGUUUUUCUCCCUUCGUGCAUGUUUGUUUUUUCUUUGCCUCUGUCCUUGUCUCCUGCCACAAUUAUUUAUUAAGUCAUUGUAUAAAUAUUUUCAAUUAUUACCUAAAGCUAGUAGCCAUUCUGAAUUUAGCAUUACCGCUAAUCCCUCUUCAGUUCUUUAAAUUUUCUAAACAUUAAUCAGUUAAUGUAUUUGAAAAUUUCCUGCAAGAAUAAUCUCUCCUAUAGUUUUUUAAAAGCUCCAAUCAACUGAUGUAUCCAGAAAUGUGCAUUAAAAAAAAAACCUUGGUGUCCCUAAUAAUUUCAGAAAUAAAAAUAAUCAACCACAAAAAAACAAAACAAGAAAACCCAGUUAUCAUGACAUACAAUUUAAUGCAGACAUAGCCCAACACUGACAGACGAGAAACACUCAUGUUAUCUAAUUGCUAUGCUUGUCCUAUGUGAGCUAUUAGCAUUACCUUUCCCAUUUUGGCUGUUCAGCUUUCAGCGGAUGAGUUUGUGUACACUGUUUUAAGUUAACUGAGGAGCCCCUUAUAUACUCUUGUUUAGAACUCGGGGAGGGACACAGAAAGCUGGUUGUGUAAAUCAUAAAGUAGUUUACUCAGCAAAUGAGACCUACACAAUUCAGUGACACAGGCUGUCACGCUUUAUUGGAGAAUUUUCUUUCUCUAGUUAACGCUUAGGCAAAAUCCGCUUUGCAGAAUUCCCGAAAACAAAGAAAGGAUGUCAAGCGUCAUACAUAAGGUCAGCAGAAUUAAUAGGAUACCUUAUGAAUAGCUAUUGGUAAACGUGUUAGCAUAUUUCCAGUGCAUUAAAACAAUGUUUUCUUUUAAAAUUAAACAUAGCAUUAAUGUAGAGAGAUAUUCUAGAAUAAAGGCCUACAAAAUUUUCUGUUAUUUCUUUCUGUAGAACAUGUAGUACUGAGAGUUAAAACUGUGACAUUUAUAUGAGAACAAUACAUUUAUAUCAUAUUUUGGUUUCUAUAGCUGACUGAUAAUAUUAUAAAGCAAAAUUAUUUAAAAAAUAAAAUAGGGAGAACAAUAAUUUUACAUUCAUAUAAAUAAAAAAAGUUAAAACAUUUUUUAUAAAACAUAGUUUUGGGAAAACCAUCCUCCUGAAUAUCUGUUGAGGAUAUUAUAAUCCCCUAUGAUAAUUUCUCCUCAAUUUCUGUUUUUUUAUUAAUUUUUUUUGUUGGUGAAAUAUUGAAACCAUUGAUUCUAGGAUUUUUUUUUUUUAAAAUAGAAUAUUUUGAAAACAUUAUGUGCACAGUGACUGCCUGAGAAAUCGAUAACUCAUGCUGUCGUUAUAAAUAAGUUAAUUUAUUUUUAAGAGUGAGAAAAAUGUUUGAAGCACUUACAUUCUAAAAAAAUAGUUGUUUAUUUUUAUUUUGCUGAACUUUAUUAAUAUCUGUACCUACAACUAAUUUAAUCCAAAUGGCUAUAUAUUUUUCUUCUCUUUUCUAACUCUUUCACUGAUCCACUGUUUCACUGGUCCAAAAAAACUGUUAGAAACAGUUUGUAUUUAAUAGGAUUCAUGAGCUACUAAUGAAUCCUUUUUAAGUAAGUUGCAACCGGUUUGUCGCCCUAAAGAAAACCUACUAUUGUCAGAUUGUAAACUUGCAAGAACAUAAUGCACUUGCAAACAUGUGUUUUACCUGGCUUGUCGAUUGAAUACGGCUCCAAAGAUAAAUCCCAGACUGAUGGAUUAAUUUGGGUGUGGGUUUAAAGAUAUUUGAUAUGAACAAAUGAGCUCAAAUUAAUUAUGCAUGCUGUGGUGGGGUAUAAUUUAACGUUAUAGGUCUCUUUUCCUGUUAAUAGUCGAAUGCUGAUUGAGAAUAUUAAUUAGUUGUGAGACAUGUUAACAUUAUGACAGAGAAGUAGAGAAAUCAUCCAUUUUAAAUAGACCCUACAUUUUUACAAUAACUGAAAAGAUACCUUCUAGACUAACACAAUUUUUACACAUUUAUACAUUUAUAAGGCAAAACAAACCCUAAAAAAGACCUUGAACUUAAUAUAUUAAUUAAUCUAGUAUCUGUAUUUUCAUUAACAUAACUAAAAUAAUCAGAAAUCUUAGAAUAGCUUCCAACAUUAAAUAUAAAUACGAGUUUUGAAAUGCUAGUACAUGUUCCCUUGCUUAUUUAUUUAUAAGUGUUUUCUUUUAGGGUCACUGGACACAGGCCUUUAAUCUUUCAUUACAUCCAUUUGCCAUGCUGACUGCCCCUCAGGCUGCAGAACAUGCGUUGAAGCAUUGUAAGUAUUAGAAGUAAUUAGCAGAAAGGAAAGAUCUACUAAUUGGUGCUGAACAGUGAAUAUGAUUAUAGUUAACUUUUUCUCUAUCAAGAUCUUGUUGUUCAAUAUAAUUAGAAUGGUAUUUAUUUAAAGCAGAAAUAAAACUGCAGAAAAUCGCUCUAGGAUAAAUCAACAAUUUUAUAUAUAGAUUGCUGUUUAUAUUUUAAAAAAAUGUGCAUAUUUUCAUAAAUUGCAUUUUUCAUUGUGUUCACCUAACAGUUUGAAAUAUUACAACUGAAUUCUAAACACCAUUUUUGUCAUAUACUGUGCUUGGUGUGAUGAAAUACUUCAGAGUGGUAAUUUAUAAACACAACCUGUUAGAAAGAAAUGAUUACGUGUUUGCAAAAUUAUACUUUUAGAUGACAAUCAUUUCAUUCUCCCUCUGUGCCUAUAUAAUCUGUUGGUAAAGGUUAUAAGCACUCAUUCCAUGUGAAGUCAUUUUACUAAACUAAAAGUAAGUUUGGCUCCUUACAGAAUUUAGACAAAAUAGCAAAGCUGAAUAAAUAAUUUUAAGUUAAUUAGAUGAUUAUUUUCCAGAUUUUAAAAUAAAAUAAUAAUGGAGAAACACAAGCUAGAUUUAUUUUUUUAUUUGAUCAUAUUAGCCUACAUUUUGAGUGUCAGAUGCCACCACAGAAGUAAAAAAAAAAAGAUAGGAUAUGAAAAAAGUGUAGAGUAAUCUUUUAAGAACAUCCCAUUUUACCUACCAAGACCAACAUAUCUUUGCUUAUCAUUUUGGCCAUCAUGAUCAAACUAUACAAUAGCAUAUAAGUAAUAAUGCACUAUGCACUCUUGUUGGGUGCAGACGUUGAAGUAUUUUUAAUGAUGGUAGGCCGUCAAGGUCCCUCUGUUCUACUGACGGUCAAGCUGAAGAUUUUUCUAAAGAUGUGGAUUGGCUGUAUCCUGCUUUUAAUGAGGGAGGUCAUACAAUGAACAUGCUGGGUCUCAUAUCCAAUGAUAAAAAGGAUUGGAGGAGGUCAGACAACUACCAGGGUUACUUCCUAGUGCAUCGUUCCACUAGAGUCAGAGCUAACAUCUUUAUUUAUGGAAAUAAAUGGAAGAGGAAUGUGACGCCCACUACAAAGUGCUGCCGUAGCUGUAGGCCUUGCUGGCCUAGUUAGAAAUACGUCACUGGUGUAGAGUGCUACAAUUGUGACAACAAUAUAAAACUAGUCAGUUAAAAAAUAAAACUGAUGGUCCUGAACACUUUCUGAGUAGUCAACAAUCCUUGUUAUUAGCUAUCAGUGCAUAGAAAACAAUGUUUCGGCCACCAUGCUGGCCUUUGUCAACUCAUCUAAUACAAACAAUUCAUCAGUUACAUAUGGUGAAAACAAGUGCCAUCACAGGCUAGUUAUUGGUCACAUGAUACAAUCCCCAUAGUGGUCAGUAAAACAUUGUAGAAUCGUGUUAUCUGAAGUAACAGUCACAUGACUGCACUCCCAUAGAAUCAUAUGGACAUGUUCACUUAAAUAUGUGUAUAGAUAUGGUACCUUCAUAGAAAGUAAACAUAAAACAAUACACAUAUCACAAGCAGUAUAUAAUUAUUCAGUUAAUUAUUCAGUAUUCAGUUAAAAUGCAAAUAAAAAUAAGUGUACACUCCCGGUACCUUCCUUCAUUUAUCGAAAUACAUAUGUUAAAUAAAUGCUCAUUGUACUAAUGUAGCCAUUGUCAAUAUCACAAGAGCAGCCACGGGAAAGGCCUUUUAAUAUCUGAAGAUGGUAAGUAUAUAAGAUACAUAUCACUAGCUGGGUUAUUCACUAAAGAGAGAAUUCAAAGUGAAUCUACAAUUUUAGGCCAGAGUAGUGAAGCAGAAAGCAUUGGUGACCUAGAGAAUUUUUCCAGUUUGACUAUUUUGAUCUUAAAUUUGAAAUUCACUUUGAAUUCUCACAUUUGGUUAAUAACCCUGUAGGUAUUCUAAUCAUUUCUCCUCAUUUGUUAUUUUUAAACAUUUUUAUAUGACUACUUACCUGGACUACGGAUCCGGAGGUUUAUUGCACCCUUGCCCAUUUAGUGUACUUGUCACUGCUCUCUUGUUUUUGGAUACAAAAAUGUAAAACUACUCUGACAUUAAAGAAGCCCACUAAGCAUCAAAGUAACUCUGAACAGCAGGCACUUAAAGGGACCCUCUAAGCAGCAGGCAAGUUAUGUUGAGCAACAAUUGGUCAGAUGCCAGUGGAAUCUGACCCAACAUGGCUGCUCAACCAGAUAACAAAGUUAAAUUUUCUCAAAACAACCAAUAUACAUAAUAAACAAAAAAAUAAUAAAGUUUACAAUUUGUAAUACAUUUGUAAAGAAUAAGUGAGAAUUUGCUGUUAUUUGCAUGCACUCGUUUGAUCUUACAUAAACAGGAGCAUAAUUACUGACAAUGUUCCAAAUGUGUUAUGCACAGUAGAAAAUGUAUAUUUGCAUAUACUAUAGGUACAUACAUUUCUUGUUAAUGUAUUAAUAAGAUUUAUUUUUCUUGUCCAGGUAGCCGAAUGUAUAAAUCCACAAGUAGAAGUUUUAACAGUACAGCAAAAGGUUUGAAACCACAGACUGCAGCUGUAAAUCAGCAUGAAACCGUAAGUCUAGGUGAAACAUAUAGUCCUUUAAUAGAUAUUUGUAUAACUAGAAGUGUUACCCUUAGUUUUCCACACAACAUAAUUAAUAAAAAACAAAAAAAAAAACCAACAACUAAGCAUUUCCAUCUAACCAAACUAGAAAUGUAGUUUUUUAGAUAUCAAUUGAUAAUACCUACCGUAUAUACUCGUGUAUAAGUCGAUCUCAUGUAUAAGUCGAGUGCAGUUUUGUGACCAACAAUUGUGAAAUAUGCUAUGCCUCGUGGAUAAAAAGUCGAGGGUAAAACUUGGGGCUAUGAAAUUCUGUGAUUUUUAUAAUUAUAUACACACACACUCAUACAAACACACACUCUGCAUUAUAUAUACACACACUCAUACAAACACACACUCUGCAUUAUAUAUAUACACACUUAUACAAACACACACUCUGCAUUAUAUAUACACACACUCAUACAAACACACACUCUGCAUUAUAUAUAUACACACACACUCAUACAAACACACACUCUGCAUUAUAUAUACACACACUCAUACAAACACACACUCUGCAUUAUAUAUACACACACACUCAUACAAACACACACUCUGCAUUAUAAACACACACUCAUACAAACACACACUCUGCAUUAUAUACACACACUCUGUGUAUAUAAUGCAGAGUGUGUGUUUGUGUAGUGUGUGUGAACCCGGUGGGGGGAGGGCAUUUAAAUUUUUUUAAUUUUAAAAAAAAAUAUUAUUAUUUUUUUAUUAAUUUUUUUUUUUUUCCUCCCUGCUUGUUAACUGGUCAGGGAGGGGGGCUUUCUUAAUCCCUGGUGGUCCAGUGGCAUGGGCUGUGAAGUGGGGGGGCCGGCAGGAAGCAUUUACUUACCUUUUCUGCAACUCCUGUCAGCUCCCUUCUCCUCCGUUCCGGUCAGCUCCACUGUAAGUCUUGCGGUCUGGUUGCCGCGCGGAUCGUUGCCAUGGCUCUGACGGCCGCGGCUCUCUAAGUUGCCAUAAUACAGACAGUGACUCGAGUAUAAGUCGAGUGGGGGUUUUUAAGCACAAAAAAUGUGCUGAAAAACUAGACUUAUACUCGAGUAUAUACUGUACUCUAUAUCAAUGUCAUACUUUUCCUCUCUCAUUAAUUUAUGCUCCAGCAAUCCCAGGCGUCUCUUUGAUACUUUUAACUCUCUUCUUCACCCUGCUGUGGCCACCUCCCAAACUAACCUUAAAGUCGAUCGCUUUGCAUGCUACUUUACCAACAAGAUUGAACAGCUAAGAAAAGAAUUCUCAACCACACGUAGCUUAUGCCUUCCGUACCCUUCAGACAUUCUCCCCGGUUACUGAACAAGAGGUGGCUGCGCUUUUCCUUUCCUCUCGCCCCACCACUUGUCUGACCCAUCUUAUCAGAUCUCGCUCCCCGUGUCUUGUGCCUUCCUUAACACACAUCUUCAACUGCUCUCUCUCUCUUCUGGCAUUGUCCCUGCUGACCUUAAACAUGACACUGUGGUACCCAUCCUGAAAAAAAAACAUCUCUUGACCCGCUCUCCCCUUCUAAUUAUUGUCCCAUAUCCCUGCUCCUUUUUUCCUCACCACUUCUGGAAAGACUUGUCUUUACCCGUAUGUCUCACUUGCUCAAUUCCAACUCUCUACUUCACCCUCUUCAGUGUGGCUUCUGCCACCUCCACUCUACUGAGACUGCUCUUAUCAAAGUUAAUACCGACCUAAUCACAGCUAAAUCCAAAUGCCACUACUCCAUACUAAUUUUUCUUGCCCUCUCUGCUGCCUUUGACACUUUUAAUUAUGCUCUCCUUCCUCAAACUCUUCAAUCACUUGGUCUCUGUGACUCUGUCUUCUCGUGGUUUUUCUCCUAUCUUUCCCAACUUAUUCAGUGUAUCCUUUUCCAAUGAGACCACAUCCCUUUGUCCUGUUUCGGGUGGAGUACCCCAAGGCUCUGCCCUUGGUCCCCUUCUAUUUUCUCUUUAUACUGCCUCUCUUGGCAAACGUAUUACCUCAUUUGGAUUCCACUACCACCUGUACACUGAUGACACCCAGAUAUAUAUCUCCUCCUGGAUCUCUCCCCUGCCAUCCUGCAACAUGUCACUGCUUGCCUUCUCUGACUGGUUGUCCUCCCGCUUUCUGAAUCUCGCUCUCUCUAAAACUGAGCUCCUUGUCUUUCAUACUCCUAAUACUGACCCUCCUCUUUCGUUCUCCAUUCAGGCUAGUGGUAUCCACAUCAGUCCAUCCCUGUCAAGCACGCUGACUUGGCAUUAUACUUGAUUCUGGCCUCACUUUUGAGCCUCACAUCCAGUAUGUUACCAAAUCCUGUAGAUUCCAUCUUAAAAACAUAGCCCGCAUCUGACCCUUUCUUACACAAGAUGCUACUAAGGAGCUCUUCAUUUUCCUCAUUUUCUAGUAAUUUCUUGCAUGCAUAGUCCUAUCCUAAUUGGUCUUCCCAAAAGAGUAUUGCCCUGCUACAGUCUGUAAUGAAUGCUGCCGCCAGACUGGUUUUCCUCUCCAGUCAGUUCUCUCACACCUCAACCCUCUGUCAGUCCUUAGAUUGGCUUCCUGUAUCCUAUAGGAGUCAAUUCAAGGUACUACUCCACACCUAUAAAGCAUUGAACAAUUUUAGCCCCUCUUAUAUCUCUUCACAGAUCCAUAGGUAUGCCCCUUCUCUGUCUCUUCGCUCUGCCCAUGACCUUCUGCUGUCCACUGCUCACACCCGUACGGCCAACUCACGCUUGCAGGACUUCUCGAGUUCUGCUCCCUUCCUAUGGAAUAGCCUGCCUACCACCAUAAGACUUUCUCCUAGUCUUCAAUCAUUUAAGAAGUGCCUUAAAACUCAUCUCUUUAGGAAAGUUUAUGGCCUCCCAGAGUAACCUUUUCUCACAUACCUGUCCUUUGCUUUCUCCUAAAGGGCACCACUUUACUCUAUCCUCCAGCUCUGCUUUACCUUACCUUAUUUGAUUGCUAUUUCCUGUCCUAUUGUGUUUUAUACCCCACCUCCUAUAGACUGUAAGCUCGUUUGAGCAGUGUCCUCUUCAACCUAUCAUUCCUGUAUGUUUUUUGUAAUUGUUCUAUAUAUAAAUCCCCCCUCUUAUAAUAUUGUAAAGCGCUACAGAAUCUCUUGGCACUACAUAAAUGGCAAUAAUAUUUAUAAUAAUAACAUAGUUUUUGGGUAACCCUGUCUUGUCGAGCAGCAUAACAUUAUGCUACAUGCACUCCAUAUAAAACCCCAUUUAGGGAGGGUGCUUUGCAUGGUAAUCCGAGAGUGCGUUCCUGAUCUUUAUUUUUUUUUGGUAUUUGACUUUGGCUUCGUUCUGACUUCCCUGAUUACUGGUAUCCUUGACUUUUGGCUUUCCCUCAUCUUUGUGUCUGAUUCUGUGUUCCUGACCUCGGCUAGUAUUUUGACUAUUCUUGGAGACGUUAAGUCCGGCCAUUCUAAGGUCCGGUUAUACGUUUUCCUUAGUCCUAGGUGUGACACGGUUCUGCGUGUUGGAUCAACUUGUAAUCAUUAUGCUGAUAAAUGUUCUUCCAAUAGAUUGACGUGCUAGGACCAGAUCUCCCACACAUUCCUUUUUUGUCCCAUGGUCUUUUGGGACCAAUUUCUUCUUCCUUUCCUAAUGGUUUUAGUCUGCUCUCUUCACUUGUUUUUCUCUUCUUACUUCUGCUUAUUUUCUCUUAAUUUGUCACUUUUUUUUAACCUUUACAUGCGGUACAAUAUAAUGCAGUGCUAUCUCCAUUGAAUAUGACUAUAGUAAUUAAGACAAUAUGUGCAUUUUGCUAAUUAAUUUUGUUUUCUCAUAAUACCUUUUUGUUUAAGAUACUGUCUGUUAAUGUGCUUUUGCUUAUGCCAAUUGCUACCUAUACUGCAUAUCAUACUGCCGUCUAUAAUAUGUACUAUUUACAUUGUAUACUGUAAUGCUAUUAUCACGUCAAGUCUAUCAAUAAAACAUUGAAUGAUAAAAACAAAAAAACAAGCAAAAAAAAGAAUAUGCAUGAUAUCGUUAAAUAAGUGGGAGACAAUCAGCUCUCUUACAACAUGAGACAGUUAAUUGUUUGUAUGAAAAAAAGUGUAAGUUUCCCCCAGACCUCAAAUAUUCCCUCUUCAUCUGUCUGCCCUGUGUGCACAUACAUGGACUAUGUUAACCAGGUAAUCAUGAAUAACCCCCUACAAUUUUCUCCACUCACUCUGUGGAUUUUUUUUAUGGAGCUUUGCAUGCAGGAAACAUAGGUGUUGGUGAUAGACUUACAGGGCUAUUCACCAAAGUGAGACUUCCAAGUGAAUUAAAACUGAAUUUCAAAUUUAAGGCCAAAAUAGCUGAACUAGAAACGUUAGCUAUGCUUCCAGUUCUAGUAUAUUGGCCUUAAAGUUGAAACUCACUAUGAAUUCUCAAUUUAGUGAAUAACCUCCCAGUAAAACUGCAUGAUAUGUCAGCCUCUGCUAGGUAUAAUGUCAUAACUCUCAAAGGUAUUGUUUCAGGAAAUUAAUAUGUAUUGAUAUCAUCUGUUGCAGGAUUCGGAAAGAGAAAACACUUCAACUGAAUCAUCACUAGAAGGGAGCCUAACAGAUUUUAAUGAAGACAAUGGUGAAGAUUCUGAAAUUUGUAGUUGAAUUCAUUACUUAUUUGUGUGCAUUUCCCUUUUUUUUUUGUUUCACAGUGUUGAAGGUUGACAUUAAUAUGUUUGUUUUUUUUGAAUUGUUGAAAUUGUAAUGUAGAAAGAGAACAGCACAAUUAUGAGUUGAUAAUUAUCAUUGUACGCAUCUGUCUGUUUUUUUUUUUUCACAUCACUAUUGGAGAUCAAAAAGUACAAUGAUUGGUCAGUGCGACUAAAAAUUAACUAAAGAGAAAACAAAUAAGUGUGUAAGGCGCUUCAAAAGUGAAUAGGUGUCAGAACUAGUAUAUGACGUGCUUUUCCGUAACACUUAGUAAGCCAUCAAAAAGAAGAAAUAUAUAUACUAGUAAGGAGAAAACCUUAUGACACAAGAAGUCAAUACAAACGUAUUUUUUCACAGGGAACCUAGAAAACUGAAAAUGCACAACAUAGCGUGAACUAUUUAAAAGCAUACAACAGAAAGGGUGGGAUAGGAGUUCCACUCACAUGACUCAGAGUGGAACAUACACACACAGACAAACUGGCACACACACAGAGACACACACACACAGACAAAC